GCGCGCAGCCACCCCGCCAAUGUGAGGUAGAUACCAGGCCGAACAACCGCGGCCUUUUGUUACUCGCCCGUUGGCCUCCCGGUGACCAGCCACGGUCGCUUUAGUGCGCCCCACGGCACCCCCGGUAAGUAACGCGGCAGAAUCUCCCCUCCUUAUCUCGUCCUUACCUCGCUUACCCUCAGCCGCCCUCAACUUCACUUACGAGAGCCUUACCGGAAUGACGUCGGCGAGGAAGACGUGCGCGCGCCUGGGAGGCUGGCGGCCACGAGCACGCCCUGAAUACGUACAGCGUCGCUUGAGGAGGCGGGGGCCUCCUCCUCCUCUCUCCUCUGGCCGUUGGGCGCCAUGGCAACAGGAGAAGGACUAGGGAGAGCGCUGAAGCCUCGAAGGCAGGCCGCAGUCCCCCCCGAAGUUUAUGAAAUUAAAGGGGAGGGAAAUACGGAGAUAUUAUUUGGUGCCAACUUUUUUUUUUAAAAAAAGGUUGGUGUUUAGCAUUGAGAUGCAGGUUAAAAAAACAAAAAAAAAACCUAGUAUUCGAGACCUUAACCCAUUUCAGCAUCUGCCACUUAUGCCCAAGAGGCUGAAACUCAACCAGUAAAGCCUCCCGCUUUGUCAGGAUUCCUUGAUGGGGGAAAAGCUCGACCAGUUGCAUUUGGGUCUGUCACGUCACAGCAAGAGCUCUGCAAGGAAAAAAAAAAGGCAACACUGCCUAGCAAAAGUGAUAACGUUUUCCGACCUGCUAAUAUAUAGAGAGAGAGAGAGAGAAAAAGAGAGAGAGAGAGAGUGUGUACUACAACGCCUCACUAAAUACGGGGGAUGGAUCAUCUGGCCAGAUUUUUAUUCUUGGUACUGCUGCCCUUCUGAAUUUAUGUAUAUAUGGGUUUAUAAUUGUAUUUGAUUUAUAUCAAUGUUCCUGGCACCUAUAUCACGUGGUGGUGGGUGCCUUAAAAUAUUUUAAACAAAUCUCCCCAAGACAUUUGCACAUAGUAUGACAGAAUGGUGGCAAAUUGCACCGUCACUUGGCACAGAAGUGAGGAAUGCAAGAUCAGGAAACACUGUCCAGUUGAUUCAUUUAGAAUUGUUUAGAACAGUGCUCCUUUCCCUCUGUGUAGACAGGACGUCCUGAGAGCAGUGCAAGUUUUUGCAUCUCAGCCAUGAAAAGGACCACCAAAGAUCUGUGCAGGGUUAUGUAUAAGUGCCCGAUCUUUGUAUGAACAUACCUGAAAUCCACAUCCACAAGUAAAUGGAGCACCCAGAAUGGAUGUACUCUAACGAAAAAGGAAUGUGGAACCUGUGGUCCUCCAAAUGUUGUUGGAGUUCUAAAUCCCAUCAACCCCAGCCAGCAUGGCCAGUGGUCAGGCAUAAUGGGAGUUGUAGUCUAACAACAUCUGGAGGUUUUUUCCCUGUCAAAAUGGAUGGGACAGAGAACAUAUUUGCAUAAGCCUUUGUGUAACUUGCCCUUUUCCCUGUGUGAAGAACCAGCUCAUAUAUAUAGUGUAAGACUUCUUUCUCUCCAUAAAUUUACUAUUUACUAUUCCAACAUUCUAUUCCAACAUUCUGUUUCCAGCACAGUUGCCAAUCAAAUGUUUGUGGAAUCUUAAAAGUAGAGUAUGGCCCUGUUUUUUCCUUUCCAGCACAUAAUAUUUGCAAGUUUGCCUUGCCUUGUUUAAUGGGAGGUUCUGUUUAGAUAUCAUAGUGAAGGCUGCAGUCCUAACCAUGUUAACACAGGAGUAAGUCCCAUUGGACACAGUUGGAUUUACUCUCAAGUAAACAUGUAUAGAAUUGUGCUGUUGUACUAGUGUACAUGCGGGAGGCAGUAGAGGACAGGAGUGCCAGGUGUGCUCUGGUCCAUGGGGUCACGAAGAGUCGGACACGACUAAACGACUAAACAACAACAAAACAACAACUAGUGUACAGUUCUAACAACAUCUACUCAGAAGUAAGUCCUGUUGAAUUCCACUUAGUCUUUCAGCAAAGGGAAAACACAAUGGAAGUUCUGCGGCCACCGCUGAUAAGAAUUGGAGGACGUGUUUACAGGAAAAGACAUAUUCGAGAACAGCCACACCAGCAUGAAGAGGAAGAGGAUUUCUAUGCAGGUAUGCUAAGAAUCCACAGAGUUCCAUUUCAUGAGACUAUGAUAUGAAACUGAUCUUGGCAUUAGGACUUGGACAGAAGUACUGAAUAUGGACCAUGAUUCUCAAGAAAAUGCCAACACCCAUGCUGUCUGUAUGGACUCAGUAUAAUAAAGAAACAGACACUCAAGAUGAUAGAGAGUGGGUCUCAAAAUUCUUAACCUGUUUGUUUAAUACCGGUGAGAGAAUGUAUGAAAUAUAUGGAUUAGAGGACAAUAUUAUACUUAGAGUAAUGUAGAGAUGUGAGGGUAAGCAUCAGGAAUACAAUUAUAUGGGGGCUGUAGCUCCGAAAUAAUAUAUGGGCUUUGCAUAUUUAUGGUUAUAUUUUCAGAUCAUGGUCUCUCCAGUUAACAGAGCUGGAUAGCAGGGCUGCCCGUGACUUGCUGCACAAGUCAAUGCAGACUAGGGAUGGGGAAUCUAUGGGGCUCCAGAUGUUGUUGGACUCCCAUCAGCUCCAGCCACCAUGGAAUGAUUGGAGUUGUAAUCCAACAGUUUUGAGGGCCACAGAUUCCCCAUUUGUGGAGCUGGCCAUACUAGGCCUGGGGGACUAUUGAUAUGUCAUGUUUUAUGGUUAUUGUUGCUUUUUUGUUGUUUUGAAAAUAAUAUUUAUUACUUUUCCAACAAUUUAAACACAACACUACAAAAAAAAAAAAAAUACAAUACAAUUGUAUUGUUGCUUUUUUUUUUGUUCCCUUUGUGAAUGAUGCCAUGGCCUUUGGCUAGUGCAACAAAGUUUAUGGUGAUGAUAUGUCUUCGUACAAGGGGACUUCAUCUCUUGCUACUCUGUUAUAUUCAUAGGAAACACAGAGCUCUCUAUGCCUGUGAUUAUUUGUUCCUUUAACUUUGAAAGCAAGAGCUUGCCUCUGCUUUUCUGGAAGUGUAUGCAAUUAGUCAGACUUUUACCAAAAGGCAAUUGUCACCAUUGAUAUCACAGACUUAACUCACAGUUUGGAGUGGAAUUCAGCACAGUGCUGAAAAAUGCCAACAUUAGUAAGUUGUGUUGAAUUGCUAAAUAUUUCACAUUCUGUUAUGGAGUGGGAGUUAAAGCUCUAUUGUCAAGAGGCAACACUUGUUUUUGUGCCGAAGUUUGCUUGCAUUUGAAACUACUGUUGUAGUCACUUUAACGGAAGCACCAGAUGGGCUUCUGAGGAGCCAUCCUGCCCUGAAGGGUGGGUGGGCAGAAUAAGAAGCUUAGGCAUGAAUUCAUGAGCAGAAAACAUAAGGAGAAGAGAAACAGCAGAAAAGGAAAAAGAAAAGGGGAACAGGGUGGUAAAUAUCAUGCUAGGUCAGAAGAAUUGAUGCAGUGCACACCUGAUCCUUAUAAUGUGUACACUUGGAUCCAGAAUGGAUAUAUUCCCAUUCACCUAGGCAACUGAACCAGCUGCUAUCAUACUUUUUGCAUCUUGCUUCCCAAUCCCUUUUCCUUGUGUUUCAUGUUGUGUUCUUUAGAGGAUAACCCUUAGGACAAGGAGUGUCUGAGGCAGGUAGUGGUAACGAGAUUAAAUUCCAGACCUAAUAGAAAAAAUAAAAAUGACAAAUUGCUGGGUCUGGAUGGCAUUCACCUGAGAGUUCUCAAGGAACUCAAAUGUGAAGUUGUAGAUCUUCUAACACUGUGAAGCAUAGAUGUCAACUUUUCCCUUUUUUAAGGGAAAUUCCCUUAUUCUGAAUAGGAUUCCUCACAAGAAAAGGGAAAAGUUGACAGCUAUGCUGUGAAGUUGUAGAUCUUCUAUCCCUUAGACUAGCCUCCACAUCUGGAAAGCUGCCAAUGUAACACCAAUUUUUUUAAAGGAAUCUGGUGGGGGAGGGGGAUCCUAAAAAUUACAAGCCACUGGUGGCAAGUAUUGUCAAAGAAAAAAUAACUUGGCAUAUAGAAUAAUAAGCCUUGCUGAACAGAGACAGAAAUCUCACCUUUUAGAGUUCUUUGAGAGUGUCAACAAGCAUAUAGAUUGGUGAGAUCCAUUUGACAUAGUGUUGUUGGACUUUCAAAAAGCUUCCAACAAGGUACUUCACUGAAGAUUCCUGAGUAAGUUUAUCAGUUAUGGAGUAAGAGGAAAGGUCCUCUUAUAGAUAAGGAAUUGGUUAAGCAGCAGGAAGCAGAGUGUACAUGUGCAUUCACAACUAUCUGAAAUGUCUAUGUGUGUAUUGCACUGUGAGUAUGCAAAUGUCACUGUGCAACACUGCACAUGUACAGACACACAUUUCAGGCUGUAUAUUUUGGUUUGCUAUAAACAAUCAGUUUAUAAUAUAUUUGCCUCAUUUUUUGCAGUGGCGUGCAUCUUGAACACCCUUUCAGCAAAUUACUCGCAGUUAUUAGCCUUAGCUAUAGUUCUUUCUUUGACAAACCACAGUGUUUAUCAAAUCAGUAACAUACUGUAAAUUAAAUUUAAGGCGCUUUAAAAUUCUGCUUCAUACAAUGAAAUUUUUUUUCCACCUUAACAAAUCCGAUGAUGGUGAGAGUGGGAUAACACAGAGGUUUGUGACAUCUUUUGAAAUUAUAUUUCUGGUUAGCUGAAAAAUAGUUGCAGUGUUUUCUUACUGAGCUAAAAAUAUCCCAUUUUCCAACAUAUUACAGUCACUGCUGUUGAGAAUAGAAGUCAAUAUCACUUUGCCUCAAUUUUCAGCUUUUGGGUCCUGCAUCUGUAUCCACUGCUGUUCAGUGUUUUCUUAAAUAAGCAUUUGUAUGAGGCCAAAAAUUCAACAUCUAGGAGAAAAUUUUCUCCUACAUCUCGGAGAAAAAUAGAUUUCCACAGGGCUAUUCUGUAGAUUAUUUUCAAUGAGAAUAUAAAAGAAGAAAGAAAGAAAGCCCUCCAGUUGACAGCAACAGCUGCUUCCUGACGAUGUCAAGAAGACUUAAAAGUUAGCAUAAUGGGUGGAAGCCAUUGUAGUGUGAGUGGACUUCUGCUUAUGUAAUUGGAUUUAACUUCCUUUCCUCCUCCUGCCAGCCCCCUCAUAGGCCCCCAGAUCUAGAGGAUCCCAAAACCUUUGGUUUGUGAGGUGCUACAGGGUGGUGGUCAAGUCACAUUUUGCAAACAGAAGUCUGUUUGUUAUUUACCCUUUAGAUCAGGCACCCCCAAACUCGGCCCUCCAUAUGUUUUUUGGGACUACAACUCCCAUCAUCCCUAGCUAACAUGAUCAGUGGUCAGGGAUGAUGGGAAUUGUAGUCCCAAAACAUCUGGCGGGCCAAGUUUGGGGAUGCCUGCUUUAGAUGAAUAGUUUCUAAUCUCUCCAUACCUUGCAGGUCCUGAGGAUUGUGCAGAUGAACCCUGUGAUGCCUUUGUGGUGGAAGAGACAGAAAGAGGCUACCAAUGUGCUGUGGACAUUCCCAGCCCACUAUACAAGUAAGUCUGUGUGUGUAUAUUCAGAAUUGCUAAUCAUGCAGCUAGAACAACAGAGGGGAAAGUCAGGUGUUCUCAGUCUUUAUUAUUGAUUUUACAAUUAGCUUUUGACAACUACUACUAGGAAAUUUGGGAUAAAUUAGUUGCAGUAGCCUCACAUUGUGGGGACUGUCCUAUGCCUUGAUCACCAGGAAACUGGUGCUUGUAUUAGCAUUUAGGAUUCCAAAAUGGGUAGGAUGUUUAAGCUGUUAAAGUUUGGAACUACUUAAUCAUUUCUUUUUUAAAAAAACUAUCACCAAUUCCCUUUUCUGUUUCCCCACUGUAUGCUUAUAUAGAUAUAUAAUAGGCAAAAAAGGAGAAACAAAGAAGAAAAUAGAAACAGAAACCCGAACCUCUAUCAUUAUUCCUAAGCCUGGAGUUGAAGGAGAAAUUGGUGAGUUCUGGGUUUUGUAAAAAUUUAAAUGCCUUUAAUUUUUAUGCAUGGGUCUGACAUGGUGUGAAACUUAGAGAUGAUAAAGGCAUCCUGGUAGUACUUGGAAAAUAAAUGUAAAAACUGUCAUGAAGAAUGAAAUUAGCUGCCUCUAUAAUACUGAAUUCAGUAUAGGAAAGGUAAUAUGAUGUCUUCAUUGCAGAAUGUCAAAGUAAUUUGUGUGACUAUGACUGAAGGGUGGCAAUUAUUACAAUCCCGAGAUGCCCAUGGGAUCUUGGCUUGGAUCCCGAGAUCCCAUGGGCAGGUCCGUGCUCAGUGGAUUCUGCCCUGAUGGAAGAGGAACGGAGGCGAUUUUGGCUGAUUCUACCUGCAACCCUUGAAAAUCUGUUCUGUGGUGUUGACGAAUCCACUAGAAGAGUGUAGGAAGUAGCAUGGGAGCUGAAGUGGAUAUAGACAAAAAUUGCCUCCCUCUCUUCUGCCAUCAGAAACCCCUGCCUAAUUAAAGACCCUCCUGCACAUAGGAAAGGCUAGGUCCAAGCCACUGAAAGUAUCUAGUAGUGAGCAUGUCCUUCCAUGCUGUGAAAUUCCCUAAUAAAUGCCCACUAUAUUACACCAAUUAUUGCCUAUCGCAGCUCAUUUUUGCUCUCCCCCAGCUGCUUUUGUCCACUUAAGUCUUGGUUGAGGCCACUCAUGUACAGUGGUGCCUCGCAAGACGAAAAGAAUCCGUUCUGGGAGUCUCUUCGUCUAGCGGUUUUUUCGUCUUGCGAAGCAAGCCCAUUGAUGGGAUUAGCGGAUUAGCGCUAUUAGCGCUAUUAGCGGCUUUUAGCGGCUUUUAGCGGCUUUUAGCGGCUUUUAGCAGCUUAUCAGCUUAUCGGAUAAGCAGAUAAGCGGCUUAGCGACUUAGAAAAAGAGGGGGGAAAGGAAAAAAAAAACCAGGAACUCGCAAGACAAUAGCAGAUUCGUUUUGCGAGGCACCUCCAAAACGGAAAACUCUUUCGUCUAGCGAGUUUUCCGUCUUGCGAGGCAUUCGUCUUGCGGGGCACCACUGUAUUCUUUUUUGUGUCCAAAUAGCUGCUUAUCCCCUCACUAUCUCCUACACCUUUCUGGGUAUAGGAAAAAUUAAGCCACCUUUUAGAACUAUGGGCUCUUUACUCUUUUAUUCUAGUCCUUGUUUCACUUACUGCCUUCCUGGCAUUUGCUGCCUCCUCCAUAUAUUAUCUGUCUGCUUAUCUGUCUCCUGAGGCUUCUGGGAAUAGUCUUUCUGUACUUGCCUUCUCCUUUGCUACACCUCCAGACAAUUGCUUUCUUUCCGCAUUCCAAGCUCUUUCAUGCACACCCAGAACAGGAUGCACAAAAACGGGUUUUGAGCAUGUUUGUAUUAGGUUUGUUUGUAUUACUGUUUUGGUGUUGAUUUGAAGACUUUCAGUAACUGAAUCUUCACUGCAGUUGGCCCACCUACUGUCAUUUUGGCUGAAAAUAAGGAAUGUAGAAGCACAGUGUGAACACAGUUUAAACAGACUGAAGAGGGUCAAAUUCUUUAAUUCCACUUAUGGUAUUGCCAAAAAGUAAUCUUGUGGAUCUAAUGUUAAGGCUAUCAUUGUUGGUUGCAUCCUGUUAUUCUAAAAGAGGGAACUACAUUUUUCUCUUCAUAUUUAUGCUUUGCAUAAUUGUGCAGAGUCAGGUACCAUGGUUAGCAUGACAUUUUUUUUUAAGAACCAGACAUGCUUGCUAUCCAUUUAUUUAUUUCCCUCCCCUUAAUUACCGGUAUACUUUCUGCAUGUAACAUUAGAUAUUUAUUUUCCACACAAUACACUUUAUUCAUACAGUGUUUGGACUGCUUUUACACAAAUCAUUGCACAGUAAUAACAGUAACACACACGAAAAUCUCUUUGGCUAAAACGAGUGACAAAACUCUGCAGUGCACCCAUAAUGUGAACUGAAAACCUCAAAUGUUUCCAGAGGAAGUAGAAUCAGUUAUUAUAACAAAGAGACUCAAAAAUAGUCUACUUUGAUAAGAGAGAAAGUCCUGGCAAUAUCAAUAGGUAUACAUAAAUAAAUACAAACCUGUAUCAGGAGAAAUAAAAAUUGUAUGAACUAAAGGACAGAAACAUUUUAAUGGUUAGAUUCUAGUAAUACAUAAAUAUUAAUAUAUUAAAACCAGGGAGCUUCAUCUCACACUUUAAAAACACUAGUUUGAUAGUAACACUGACCUGUGUAUUCAUCUGAGAUAGCUCUCACCUUGUUAGGAAGUGGAAAAUCUUGUUAUUAAUUCUAAACUUUUGUGAGCACAUGUAGCAAGCUGUCAUAAAUCCUGUCUUCUGUUUUGCUUGUUUCCAGUGAUCACAGGACAACACCGGAAUGGUAUUAUUUCAGCUCGAACGCGAAUUGAUGUUCUUGUGGAGAGCUUCCGCAAGAAGCAACCCUUCACACACUUUCUGUCAUUUGCACUCAACCAACUUGCAAUCCAGGAAAAGUUUCUACAGUUCAAAGAGGAGGUGUUGGAGAAGUGCUCAAACGUAAGUUGCCAUGAUAAUACUCAUAAAUAAUCUGAGUUUAAAAAAUAAGUAGAGAAUGUUGCAAAAUGCUACAUGAGCUUGUCUAGAUCGGGAGACACAUUAAAAAUAUGUAACAACACUAUUACCUGAGAUGAUAUACUCAACGUUAGCAAUAUGGUGGGAUAAUAAGUAUGAUGAUAAGCCAUGAGAGAUCAUAGAAAUACAAUUUGUAUUUUGUCCCUGGAAUUCGCACAUUAUAAAGAUAAAAUCCAGGAUUUCCCCAUUGAAGCUGCCCACAUCCUUUAGUGAUGAAGAAGUGAAAGAUGUUUCCCUUACUAAAGCAAGUAUUUCCCCAGCACUGGCACCUUGCUACUUCCAGGACCUCUAAGCUAAGUUCUGUGGCCUGUCUGUGCAGAAGGGAUCAGAAGUGCGUCCAGUUUACACGGAGUCACUUUCAGAAACUGUGUAGUGUUCCUCAAAUGUUGGUAUUCCUGGAAAAACAGACUUAUACUCUCUAUAUAACUAAAUUUUAAGAAAAUCCCUAAAAGUUACAGACAAACCAGUCCUUUUAUUAUCUAUUAUCUAUUAUUUAUCUAUAUAUCUGGAGAUCAGUAAGUCUCACAAUAUAUUUAUGGCACACUAUUUUCAUUUCAUGUUGAAUAGUAUUGGCACCUUUCUGGUGAAAUUCUGUGUGCAGCCAGAUAAAAAACAACUUCAAACUACUGAUACUCUAUUCUGAGAAAAUAAUUUGAUAGUGCAUCAGAAUGUGUGACUCCAGUAUUUUAUGAGGGUUUAAUUGGAUUCCUUGAAAUCUGACAACAUAAUCCCCUUUGUCAAAAUUCAUAGUCUUCACAUUUUUAAAACCUAGAAUUAAGUCACUGCAAGAGAGACUGGAGUCUGUGAGGUACAUUAUUUUUUCCACACUUUUCUCUAAACUCUGUUGUAUAAAAUACACAGCUGCUAGUUAGUAGGAAAAAAACAUACUGCUUUCGCAUAUGUCUCUCAUUCAUUUCAUGGUCAGUUAUCCCACCCUUAUGUCACUUUAUCUCACAGUGGGAUGUGCCAGAAAGCAAUAUUUGCAAACCUAUGCUUUGUAGCACGAUAUGAAAGUAUAUACAGCUGUGCAAAGCAGCGGGUGAGCUUUUAGGAUGCUUAGAACCUGAAUAUGGUGCUAGUUAUGGAAGCUGUAUGUGUUUGUUCUUGCUGCUUUUUUCAGCUUCAAAAUAGAGCAGUCAGUUAAUGAUGUCUCUAUUCAAAUGAGGCUGAUUAACAGCCAUGUUAUUUAAAAAAUGGAAUAAUAUCAUGUGUUGAGAUUAACAUUUCUGCUGGUUGUUGAGCAAUGGUACGGAAUCUUUCCCUCUCACGAUAAUAGUUACCAUGGCAACCGAACAUCCAUCAUUUAUAUUGCUGUAGUCUCAUGCGUCUGUAUAUGCUGCAGAUAACUCUUCCUCUUUUUUGCUUCAUUAGAAAAUUAAGGGUGUAUUAAAAUAUGAAAAUUAAUAAGCAUUGUCCAUCUAAGUUUUUACACUGAGCAGACAACUUGUACUGAGGGUCAAGGAACAUUUAUAUUUAUUAUAAGUUAUUUUUAUACAAACCACAAAUUUCUUUCUCAGAGGAAAGCUAUGGUUGCCUUAACAACAUCAGAAUAACAGCAAUUAUAAUCAAAAUUCAUAAAAAUAUCAUGCUGGAUAACAUGGAAAAUAAAUCUAACACAAAUAAGUUGAAUUCAAGAUGCCUGCUUGAACAGAAAAUAUAUAGCUUGCCUUUUGAAAGAAUAAAAGUUUGAAUACAAGUGUACAAGUUCAAUUUGCCCUGGCAGAUGUCUCAGGGGACUAAGUUUUCUCAUCAAAGCAUCACAGUAAAAAAGGACCCUGCCCUUACUGAUUUUACUUCUCAGGUAGCUUCUGCUACUUGCAGCUUGUGGGUUUGUCCCUUUGUUAGUGUCAGUAUUUUUAUAUAGCACAAUCAGAGUGCCUAACACUUUACAUAACAGAUGAGGCAGGUUCCUUCUCUGAUGAGUUUACAAUAUAAAGUUCAGUGGAAGACAGGGCUGGAGAAAUAGGGGUGAGCAUGGAGGCAAUGUGCGAUUGUGUUGGUUUCACUUAUUUAGGUUAAGUUGCAGGCUGAUUUCCAUUACGGUCCUCAAACUGUUAAAGCAGGAAGGACGAAGCAUGUUUAAGACAACUAAAAGCUAAUGGAAGUUGCUGUGAACAAGGGAGCAUAUAAUUCUAGUACCAUAUAAAUCAAAAGCAGUGAAUGUAAUGAUAUAUGCCCAAAUAAAGUCAGAAAGAUGGAAAGCACAAUUUGAUCAAGGCUUUAAUUAUUGAGUAAAUCUUUUUUUUUAAUGAUAUUUAUUACUUUCCAACAAAUUGAACAUACAUAGAAAAAGAAAAUAAACAAUACAAUACAAAAACAAUACCUAACACUAAACUAACAAAAACAAUUUAAACUAAGAAAACAAAACAAAAACAAUUUAAACUAAGAAAACAAGACAGAAACAAUUUAAAACACAUCAAAUAAUUUCAAUCUUUCAUUCACUUAUUUCCAUGACCUCCUCACACCUCCCUUUUUGUAUUCCACUUCUAUUUAGUUGUUUCAGCAAUUCCUUUCCAUCUUCCUCUGCUUUCCAUCCUAUAAUUAAGUUAACACAUUUUAACCUUAUUUUCCCUUUAAUUCUCUGUUAAUCUAUUUAUACUUAAUUCCUUAUAACAUUUCUACUGAAGCCGUAUAACUUCAUUCCAACAUUUUUCUAACAUUCAUUAAUUUUACAAUAUUUCUGUAAAUAGUCUUUAAACUUUUUCCAAUCUUCUUCCACCGACUCUUCUCCCUGGUCUCGGAUUCUGCCAGUCAUUUCCGCCAAUUCCAUGUAGUCCAUCAACUUCAUCUGCCAUUCUUCCAGGGUGGGUAAAUCUUGUGUCUUCCAAUACUUCGCAAUGAGUAUUCUUGCUGCUGUUGUAGCAUACAUAAAAAAAGUUAUAUCCUUCUUUGGCACCAAUUGGCCGACCAUGCCCAGGAGGAAGGCCUCUGGUUUCUUCAGAAAGUUAUAUUUAAAUACCUUUUUCAUUUCAUUAUAAAUCAUCUCCCAGAAUGUCUUAAUCCUUGGGCAUGUCCACCAAAGGUGAAAGAAUGUGCCUUCAGUCUCAUCACAUUUCCAACAUUUAUUUUCGGGCAAAUAGUAAAUUUUUGCAAGCUUGACUGGUGUCAUGUACCACCUAUAAAUCAUUUUCAUUAAGUUUUCUCUUAGGGCAUUACAUGCCGUAAAUUUCAUACCUGUGGUCCAUAACUGUUCCCAGUCAGCCAUCAUUAUAUUAUGUCCGACAUCUUGUGCCCAUUUAAUCAUAGCUGAUUUCACCGUUUCAUCCUGGGUGUUCCAUUUCAAUAGCAAGUUAUACAUUUUUGACAAAUUCUUGAUUUUGGAAUCUAACAGUUCUGUUUCCAAUUUUGAUUUUUCCACCUGGAAACCAACUUUUUUGUCCAAAUUAUAUGCCUCCAUUAUUUGAUAAUAAUGGAGCCAAUCUCGCACUUUAUUUUUCUAUUUUUCAAAGCUCUGCAAUUUUAGUCUGUCUCCCUCUUGUUCCAGAAUUUCCCAAUAUUUCGGCCAUUUGGCCUCCAUAUUGAGUUUUUCUGUGCCUUCGCUUCCAUUGGUGACAACCAUCUUGGGGUUUUCUUUUCUAACAAAUCUUUAUAUCUUAUCCAUACAUUAAACAAUGCUUUUCUAACAAUAUGAUUUUUAAAUGCUUUAUGUGCUUUCACCUUAUCAUACCACAGAUAUGCAUGCCAACCAAAUAUGUUGUUAAAACCUUCUAAGUCCAACACAUCAGUGUCUUCAAGUAGCAGCCAUUCUCUCAGCCAACAAAAAGCAGCUGAUUCAUAAUAGAGUUUUAGGUCUGGCAGGGCAAAUCCACCUCUUUCUUUAGCAUCAGUUAAUAUCUUAAAUUUUAUUCGAGGCUUCUUGCCCUGCCAGACAAAUCUGGAAAUAUCUUUCUGCCACUUCUUAAAACAAUCCAUCUUAUCCAAAAUUUGUAAUGUUUGAAACAAGAACAACAUCCUUGGCAGCACAUUCAUUUUUAUCACUGCAAUUCGGCCUAAUACAGUGGUACCUUGCAAGACGAAUGCCUCACAAGACAAAAAACUCGCUAGACGAAAGGGUUUUUUGUUUUUUGAGCUGCUUCGCAAGACGAUUUUCCCUAUGGGCUUGCUUCGCAAGACGGAAACGUCUUGCAAGUUUGUUUCCUAACACCGUUAAUACAGUUGCGACUUGACUUCGAGGAGCAACUCAUAGAACGCGGUGUGGUAGCCUUUUUUUGAGGUUUUUAAAGACUUUGGUGAUUUUUGAAGCUUUUCCAAAACUUUCCCGACACCGUGCUUCGCAAGACGAAAAAAAUCGCAAGACGACAAAACUCGCGGAACGAAUUAAUUUCGUCUUGCGAGGCACCACUGUAAUGAUAACUUCAAAUUUGACCAUAUUUCUAAAUCUUUUUUCACUUCAAUCCAACAUUUUUCAUAAUUAUCCUUAAAUAAAUUUACAUUUUAGCAGUCAUAUUAACCCCUAAAUAUUUCACUUUCUUAACCAAUGUUAAUCCUGUCUCUUCCUGAAAUUUCUCUCUCUCAUUUACAGUUAAGUUUUUCUCUAAGACCUUAGUUUUUAUCUUGUUCAGCUUAAAACCUGCUACUUGCCCAAAUUCUUGAAUCAAUUCCAAUACCCUCUUUGUGCUAGAUUCUGGUUCCUGUAGAGUCAAUACUAGAUCAUCAGCAAAUGCUUUCAAUUUAUAUUGUUUAACUCCCACUUGUAUACCUUUGAUCUCUUGAUCCUUUCUUAUCAUGUUUAGCAAAACCUCAAGGACCGAUAUAAAAAGCAGUGGGGAAAUUGGGCAACCUUGUCGUGUCCCUUUCUCAAUCUUGAACUCUUCUGUCAUUACAUUAUUCACAAUUAAUUUUGCCUUUUGUUCUGAGUAAAUUGCACCUAUACCAUUUUCAAAACCUUGGCCUACCCCCAUCCCCUGUAGAUUCUUCUUCAUAAAGCUCCAAGAAACGUUUUCAAAGGCUUUCUCCGCGAAUUAUUGAGUAAAUCAAGUACAGUACAGUGGUACCUCAGGUUACAGACGCUUCAGGUUACAGACUCCGCUAACCCAGAAAUAGUACCUUGGGUUAAGAACUUUGCUUCAGGAUGAGAACAGAAAUCGCACGACGGUGGCAGCAGGAGGCCCCAUUAGCUAAAGUGGUACCUCAGGUUAAGAACAGUUUCAGGUUAAGAACAGACCUCCAGAACAAAUUAAGUUCUUAACCAGAGGUACCACUGUAUUUCAAACCUAGCCCCAUGCGCACAGUAAGCUCAUCUAUUGUAUAUAAAGGAAACCCUGUCUCAGUAAACUCAUUUUAAAGGUGAUUUCUCCAAAGGCAGCAAGAAGAUUGGAAACAUCUGAUUCCUAAUUUAAAGUAACUACAGUUUGUUGUUAUGGCCCAAAAUUACUAACUGCUGUGAGUUUAAACUAUGGUUUAUUAAUUGCAGCAAGACACUUUCAAACCAGUUUGUGAUGAUGUCUCAUUUCAUCGAACCACAGUUUAAACUAGAGUUCCCAUUUCAGAUAAAAUGAAAGACUCUUAUUAGUUUAAACCAGUAAGUGGAUACCACUAAGCUCUUCCUCACAACUGCACCAACGAAAGAGGGGUUGAGUAGGUCGCAAGCCCAACACUCACUUCUGACCAUUCACAUAAUGCUAAAUAAACCAUGGGGCAGUGUUACAUAGAAUCUAUGGCUUGAUUAGAUAAAUGAGCCUUCUGCCUAUUUAAUUUUUUUAUUUUAUUUGCCCUGGUCUGGGCUCCAUUUGCUUAGAUUCUGGGAACCAAUAUUAAAUUAUCUGCAUUUUAGGUUUGUACUUGGAUCUACAGCUAUUUCCAGAUUUAUUCUUUUCCCCCCAGGAAAUAUUUUCUUGGUAAUGUGUUUUUAUCCAUUUCGAAAUUUACAGCAAUACAUAAAAAAAUGGCAUUACAAAAACUUCAGGCAUAAAUCCUGUCUCUAUCCAAGUACAGAACUUUUGAAAAUUGUGGCCAAGAUCAUUUCCACUUCUUCUAUCACCAUCAAACCCCAGAUCUUCGCUUCCUCAUAUAUACUUCAACAGAUUAGAUUUUCUUUUACUUUUAACAAAAGAAAGGAUAACGUGUGAAGAUAUCAAGGCAUUUUUAACACUCUUAAAGGUGAGUACUUGAUAGAAGACUUAAACAGGCAAGCAAUUCCACCACUCCCCUUCAGUAGCAGACUUUGGGUUCUCAGAUUUCAGCAGUGCCCUGUGUGACACUAAAAUUUGGUGCCCCCUGCCUCUGGCUUCUAUAGCAUUGUUUUGGAGCUCCUUGCAUUGUGGUUCCCAGUGCAACUACAUAGGUCACACUACCAUAAACUGCCUCUGCUCCUCUUUACCUGUUACCCUUGCCUAAAAGCAGAAAGGGGAGGAUGGAGAUCUUGGCUGCAAAUAACGGAGGCAGAAUGUGAGUUCUAAUAUGAGACAAGGGAGAUUUCACUGAGGAACUGAGAGUGCCUUAUUUAGAAGGCACUCCCUACUGAAUACCCACCCCAUACUUAAUUGUAGGUACCUCUUUUUGAAAAUUCAACCUCCAAAUAAUUAAAGCUGUGACCUAAUUUGAUGACACCCAUCAAAUAACCAUUUGUGAUAUGUAUCCCCAAAUCUGAUUAUAUGGCAUUUGCAGUAUCUGUAUGAUUUUUGUAAUGAAGGCCAACAACAACCUCUGUGUUUCUGCUCCAUAAUUUCAACAACAGUUUAUUUCAGUUGAUCCUGACAAGCGGCGGAGGCACAUCAUGAAAAGCUACAAAUGAUUGUGGUUUUUUGUAUAUUUAGUAUAUCUGCUAAUUGGGUGAUUUAGUACAAAACACUGAUCAUUCUCUUUCCUGAACACCACCAGCUCUUUUGAAAUUACUUAUGUUGUUUAAAUUGGCCCAAUCUUGCAACUUACUGGUAAAGAAACUGGUGGUGUCUUGAGCUGUUGUCUGUCUAACAGGCUAAUUGACAGCAAUUGUUCGAAUCAGAUUUAUUGCCUUCUUUGAGCACCAGAACUUCAAUAUUCAUUCCCCAACCAUUAAGCAGUCUUUUCAUAGAAGUUUACAUAUGACAAUUUGUUAUGGUAUGUCCACCUGGUGGUCAUUAUUCAGAAACAUUUCAGAAGGCAAUAAUCAAUUGUUGCAAUGCAAUCAAUGGAAUAGUCUUUUUCAAGGGACUAAAGCUGGUCAUGGCUUUGUUUGUUCUAAUUUGGAAAUUUAAUUUGAGGAUAUAAUACAAGUACAGUGGUACCUCGGGUUAAGAACUUAAUUUGUUCUGCAGGUCCAUUCUUAACCCGGUAGAGGUAAAGUUCUUAACCCGAGGUACUACUUCCGGGUUAGCGGAGUCUGUAACCUGAAGCGUUUGUAACCCGAGGUACCACUGUACUAAGUACAGUUUUUGGUAGAUGGCAUCUGACAGUUACUAAAUUGCAUGAGACUGCCAUAAGUGAAAGUAGGCCCUGUUAUAGAUUGUUAACAGAUUGUAAAAAUGGCACUUCCAGCUGGCUGGCUGGCUGGGUGGAAGUUCUUGGUCGCUUGUUGGAUGGAAAAGGUGGUCUUCCUGGCAUCUCUCCCUAAACCUCUUUCAAGGGCUUAUGGGCCUUGCUCAGUGGAGGAGGAUGUGGAAUGGAGGGCUGAGAGUGGAAGGGGGAAUCCCAAAAUCAGCAGAGGUACCUUCCAUGCCAUAGAUUAUAUAAGCUACUAUGAUGAUAAAGUUACUAUGGUCUCCCGAGUUCUUUUAAAUCAUGAGUGAGGAAUUGGUGGUUCUCCAGAUUUGGUUGGACUACAACUAUCACCAUCCCUGACCAUGAGCUAUUUUGGCUGUUUUAAAUGUAACUUCCAUGUUGAAAUAAGAAUGUUCAUGGAACUAACAUUUUUAUUUGUAGUUAUUUUUUCCUAUAAUGUAAGUAUGAAGAAAACAUUGUCAGGGAAAGCCUCAGCAGCCUUAUUCUCAAUUUUCUCUUUCCUUCAAAUUUUAAUUUCCUUCAUCUGUUUCUAAGCCUUCAACCUUUAGUAUUUCCCACUAUAUGGAACAAUUAUGGUUAUUUAUAGGGUUAUAAAGGCUUGCCAUUACUUUGUGUCCAGCAGAGGGCAGUGCUAGGAAGGCAGCAGUAGUGGAUAUCUGAAACUCAGUAUUUUAAGAGUCUGAUGCGCGACUCCUAAACAUGAAUGUGAAAUAAAUGAUAUUGGUUUAAAUGGAAUGUGCUUCCAUUAAAAAAAAAAAAAGUUUCUUAGAUGUUGGAUAGUAUAUUCAGUUUUGAAUAUACUGCCCUUACCAGCCUAUCCAGGGAGUUCCUCAACAGCUUUGGGGAGGGAAAAUGUGAGACUUAAGUGGCUCAACAAGAAUUGGCUACCCAGACUUGCAUGAGCAAAAACGCUUUCUGCCAUUGUUGGAUGCAACCCAUCAGCACACACUGUCUCUUCUCAGUGCAUUUACUUAGCUCCAUAGUUCUGAUGAACUUUUAGGCUGACUUUGAUUCUGGGACAUUUCUCAUGAUUCUGGGCAAAUUAUUCCUUGGCAAACUUGAGUAGUUAUCCCACAUCAAAAAUAAAUAAUUGAACUUAAAAUUGAAUUGGAAAUGGCUUGUGGGUGGGAAGGAAAUAAACAACUACAGUCAUAUCUUGGGAUAAAUACGCUUCAGGUUGAGCGCUUUCGGGUUGUGCUCCACGGCGACCCGGAAGUAACAGAGCGCGUUACUUCCGGGUUUCGCCGCUCGCACAUGCACAGAUGGUCAAAAUGACAUCACACGCAUGCGCGGAAGCGGCGAAACGCGAGACACAGAUGCGCUGUCGCGUCUUACGCUCUGUUCGCAUCCCGAGGUACCACUGUAUCUGACUUUAAGAAGACAUCUGAAGGCAGCCCUGUUAGGGAAGUUUUUAAUGUUUGCUGUUUUAUCACUUUAUUAUUAUCAAUAAUAUUCUGUUGGGAGCUGCCCAGAGUGGCUGGGGAAACCCAGCCAGAUGAGCAGGGUAUAAAUAUAUUAUUAUUAUUAUUAUUACUAUUAUUAUUUAUUAUAGUUAAGAGGUUUCUUUUUCAGAGCAGGCAAGUAUCUAAGCCGAAUUAUAAGGGCUGUAAAAGCUAGAGCAUCUUUUUAGCUUCUAGUGGAGUUCUAAAUUCAAUUUAGCAUUUUAAGAGUGAGCCCCAGAGUACAACUCAUCCUACAACAAUAUAAAAACUGUGACCCUAAGUACACACAUUGAGAAGAGGCAGAAUGCACUGGACUACUGGUUACUUCAUACUUUAGUAAUUUGAUUGUACUUAUGGAUACAUUGUGUUCUGUUUCUACCAUAUGUGCAGACCUAUUACAGACAAUUGCUUUUUAAAUGAAAUCUAACCACUAUUUGCAUAGAUAAUAAUAUCUAAUUACAUUGUCCUUCUGUCACAUGAAGCAAGCUGAGUUUGCACCAAUGUGUCCAGCUGAAUUGAAUGUUCGUCUUCUCUGAGUCAUUAAUAAUAACAGUGAUCGUAUGGUACCAACAUUAUACAUUGCAUUUUAUGGAAUACAAGAGGACUGCUUUAACUGUUUGGUGGCCAUCAAAGAUUUCAUUGGGUUUAUGCGCACACAAGGCACAAUCCCAUAGAUAGUAAUAGAAAGUCAUUGUACACAUGUGGCUCUGAACCAUUCCAAUCACUUUAUAUCCCUUUGUUGCUUUAUCACAAUAUAACUGAUGCAUUUACUGCUGGAAACUUACAUCUAAGAAAGCUUAGAAAAAAUUGUGACAAGUAUCUGAGAAGUAAUCUAGUGUUAAUGGUAGCUUUCCAUUAUUCUAAUGUUGAGGCUCCAAAUUAGUUUGUGUCAAGUUAAAUGGUGAAAGAAAAUAGAAUUUAGAUACAGUGGUACCUCGGGUUACAUACGCUUCAGGUUACACACUCCGCUAACCCAGAAAUAGUGCUUCAGGUUAAGAACUUUGCUUCAGGAUAAGAACAGAAAUCGGGCUCUGGCAGCACGGUGGCAAUGGGAGGCCCCAUUAGCUAAAGUGGUGCUUCAGGUUAAGAACAGUUUCAGGUUAAGAACGGACCUCCGGAACGAAUUAAGUACUUAACACGAGGUACCACUGCAUACAGCUUGUAAGUCUGGUUUAGUCCAGAUUUUUGUGAGCGAACUUUCUUCUCUAACUUUGCUUUACUUAAGAGUUGUUCUAGAUAUGCUUCUGACUUGCUUUUUUAUUGUUGUUGUUGUUGCUGCUGUUAGGAUGCUCAAGUACAACAGGGGUUGUUUGAAGAUAUUGCUGGGUGCAGAUGUAAAGGAAAAAUCAAUGCAAUUCAAUGGCACUGCAUUGAUUACUAAAUAGUAAAUUAUGAACUGGGAGUUUGAACAAGUAAUUUAAAGGCUCUUUGUCUUAAAGCAGGCAAGCAUCUAAGCAAAACAGCAAGGGCUCAGCAAGCUAGAGCAGCCUGUUGCAACUUUGCUGCAGGCUUUUCUUGGGAAAAGUCCACUCAGAAGCGUCAUGGGGUUAAAUUGUUAAGAUUAAAACACAUUUGCAGAACAAUCCUAACCCCCAACCUCCACUGCUGGGAUGCAUUUAGGGUAUAUGGAGGAUUUCCCUUCUGUUUGUCUCUGACCAUCAACAAUGUGAGUUGUUGACAUGCUAUGGCUAGUGGUGUUCCCGUUGGUAAUAGUCAGUUUAAGGGCUCAAUAUGGGGUGGAAUGGCAGUGGAGAGAAGUUGGACCAGCCAUGAAUUUGCUGGACCCUGAACUGGUCCUGCAGCUAGGGAGGGACUUGAUCCAGGUCUCUCUGCUGUUGUCACAUGAAGCUGGCACAGCGUAAAUUAGGUGAAAUACUCCUUCCCUUUCCUCCAUGGCCAGUGUGAGCAGCAGAGCUUCAGAUGUGGUGGCAGCUCUCCUUCUCUGUUCAGCCUGCUGUUCCCUUGCCAGGAAUUAAGAUUGCGCCUUCAGGUAAGGAGUAAGAUCCAUUGAACUCAGUAGGUCUUACUUCUGGGUAAACCUACUUAGGAUUGUUCUGUUUAUACCAGGCAUCCCCAAACUCGGUCCUCUAGAUGCUUUGGGACUACAACUCCCAUCAUCCCUAGCUAACAGGACCAUUGGUCAGGGUUGAUGGGAGUUGUAGUCCCAAAACAUCUGGAGGGCCGAGUUUGCCUAUGCCCAAUUUAGACCACAAUCACUAGAGCUCUGAAAAUGUAGUAAAAGAUGAGAAGCAGUUGGUUUGAUAUUUGCAGAUAAUUUAUAGGAAGGAGUUAUGGAUCUUCUCUGCUAUUAAUGGGGCUUCCUCCUGCGAAGCUAGUUCAGGUGUUUCCUAGUGAUGUGCAGCAUCAGAAUAGGAAGCUGUCAGAGCAUGUAAGAUACCACUGAUUCCUGGAAAGCUGUAGAGAAGAAAUUCAGCUGAUUAGGUUGCUGGUAAUUAUAACAUGAAAUCUCCUUUCCCCUCCCCCGUGGGAUUAGAUUGAAUAUGCCUCUUUUCCUAAAAGCUGCUUAUUUAUUGUGUUAAUAUAUUUUGUGCACAUCAUAUCUGUGAGCAUUACAGAAAUUAAAAUGAACUGCUGUCAACAGUUGGAACAUAACAAACCUGCCCCCUGCUGCCUCCCCAGCUUCUGAGGCUCCCUGUGUUCAUUAUGGACUAAAUGGCUUCUGGGGCUUGUCCCAUAUUUGAAGAGAAAGCUCAUAAGUACAACCACUUUGUCUUUGCAGUAUAUCCUAAAUAAGCUUUCAUGCAGAAGAGAAUGAGGACCUUUUUCAGCUUUGUUUUUGUACCAGUUGGCAGAAUGGAAAGAAUGGGAGAGAGAGAGCUUUUGUUCUUAGCUGCUUUGAGCAUUCCCGUUGAAAGGUGGAAUUGACAUUAACUGAAUUGAAUUGAAUAUUAUCAAUUUGGCCUCCUUUGUCUGUGAGGGCCUGGAAGGUAGCAGUGACGGUAGUAACGCUUUCCCAAUAACAUGGGCAGCAUUGAUAACGGAUUCCUAGCUCUGUCUGCAGAUUAUUGCCCAUGUUCAGUGAGUCUUGGAGUCUGCAGGAUCAUAACUGGAGUCAUAAGAUAUGGAACAAUACAAUGGUUUGUUUAAAGCAGUCUUUGCCAACCUGGUUCUGUUCAGAUGUUUUGGACUGUAACUCCCAUCAGGCCUGUCCAUCAUCGCCUUGCUGUCUGAGGUUGAUGGGAAUUAUAGUCCAAAACAUCUUGGGGACACCAGGUUGGCAUAGACUGCUGUGGAACUUUCUGUUUCUGGAAGAUUUCAGCGAAUGAUUUAAAAGUUUCUGUGUAUAAAGGUGGCUGACAAAACUCAAAUUGGAGCAGUCUUUCUAAAAGCUUAGAAACAAGAAAAAGCCUUUGUCAAACUUCUACUAUUCAGGGAUCAAGACCUCUGCGUUCCUUAUACUUGGAUCUAUUUUUACACUGAAUAGAUAUGCUAUAGUGAUUCCUGACUCUUGGAGGAUGUAGGGCCCUAAAUCAAUGUUCUUGGUCUUUCUUCCAGUUGGUAUAUUUCUUCCAGUUGGUACAGUUCAUUCACUGUUGAAAAUUAAUUUCCCUGUGUAGAUAGUGUUUAAAGCCCUAAACGACUUAGGCCCCAAAUAGCUGAAAGACUGCCUCCUUCUCUACAGACCCUCUCAGGUGUUAAGAUCGGGGGGGGGGCGGUCCUGGUAGUUCUGCCACCCUCAGAAAUUCAGGGGGCAGUGGCCUGGGGAAAGGGCAUUCUCUCCUUGGCAACCCCUAAGGUGUGGAAUUCCCUCUUCACAGAGAUACAUCUGGUGACUUCACUAUACAGCUUUCAGUGAAUGCUGAUGACACGCCAAUUCACCCCGGCCUUUGGCACCUGAAAUGUGUGUUUCCAUCCUAUUCUGUGACUAUUAUUUCUUUUUAACAUUUUUAAUACCAAAUUUUAAAUUGUUGUUACUGUUGUGGGACCUGCUGAUGAAGGGUUGGUAAUACAUUUAGUCAUCAUAAUUCCAGGGUCCUUGUGUGGCAGAGCCCCCUGCUACUCCAACGCUUCCUGCAUCACCCGGUGUCUCCUGCCAUGCACUGUCAUCUGACACACAUGCGCCCCAGCCUUGCUGGUGCCACGCCUAGCCCCGGCAUAUAGCUAUUCCAGUGUGAUACAUAUUGCUAGCAGCUCCCAUGUGUGCAGCGCAUAGGGAGGCAUCAAACAAGAUGAGAGUAAGGGUGUGUUGAUUCUACAGCCUGCAUCACUGUAUAUGUGGCCGGGGAGUAGCAAAUGAUCUGCCACUUUGCUCCUUCAAAUAAGACUUGCAUAUAAGAAAGGGAGUCAUUAGCUGGCCCCCUGCUGUGCAGCAUCACUUGGGUUUCUGAAAUGUAAAAAUUAACAAUGUGGUUGAAUGGAGACAAGACAAUUACCUGUAGGGAAAUUACCUUUUCUAAAGCAGCUAUGAGGAUAAGAGCUAACUGAUUUUAAAAUGCAGCAGCCAGCAAAAUGUAGGAAAUUAUGUAAUGUAAUUUGAAUACAUUUAUCUGGGCAUUUUUUAGUUUGCUGUUUUUUAAAAAAAUAAUAUUUCCUAUUUGCUGCUAUUGCCAUGUUAUUAUAUGACUUUAAUUUUGCAUGUCACCCAUUUUGAAUUCUGAACAUCAAACGUUCUACUUCAAAAAUCUGGAGUUGGUUAAUACCUUUCUCAGAAGCAAGCAAAACAUUACAAAAAGUUAUUGAGUUCUCGAGAAUUCUUCAAUUAGGCAAGAUGUUACACAAAAUAGGGGAUUGGGAGAGAAGGAAAAAGAAAUAAAGUAAAAUUGGGCUGGAUGUUUAGCUAUGAGGUUACCUUGAAGACUCAGUUACAAGAUGGAGAUAGCAGUUGAAUAAGUCUCCCUAAGAUGCUACAGGUACCUGGUUACAAAUCUGUGAGAUUGGAAUAAAGAACCAAUAGCUGCUCCACAUUUUUUAGAACAUAAAGCCUCGCUUGUAAUAGAGAUCUGCUCUAUACCUUAAAAGCGACACAGAUUCCUAGAUAUGCAAAAGUAAAGAGAAAAAUGAAUUUCUGAUGUCACUCAAUGAAUUUCUCAAUGUUUCUACAGGACUAUGGUGUCAGUAGUAGCCUGUUCCAGAACCCUGCCAAGCUCCAUCUGACUAUUGGGACGCUGGUACUCCUGAAUGAACAGGAAAUCCAGAAGGCCCAAGAACUCCUACAGAGGUGUAAAGAAGACUUUGUUGAGUGAGUAAAUUGAAAGCACUUGGGAUGCCAUAAUCCAGCUGCAGCACUCAAAAAGAAGUACUGGUUCUAGGGCCAGGGUAACUUAGAGGGGUGUGGGGUAUCCCAGCUUGCAGCAGUUCAGCAAACCAUUAUUAGGAGUAAGUGAAAAGCCUACACAAAACAAUACAAGGACCUAAUUGCACUUUGUUCUUGAUAUAAACCAUUUAGAAGCAUCUCUUUGCUUGCAAUCUUAUUAUAACCUAGCAUUUCUCUCUCUCUCACAGUAGCUGGUUUUAUUUGUACAUGAACAAAGAUUGAUUCUCCCCUCCUGGAAGUGCAUGAAAAAUGUGAUUGCCUUGGCACUUUUUCACUAGCAGAGCCUUUGGCAAAUAGCUCCCCCCACCCAAUGGUCGUAUAUCCCUGAGAUUAAUUUCCGAAACAAGUCGAAGGUAGAGAGUAUUGAACUGUAUUAAAAAAAUAAGCUCUAAUACAGUAGAUCAGUGAUUCUACAGUGCAGGAGUUGUCAUAAUCUACUACACAAAACCAUAGUCUUUGAGCUGUAGAAUUAGCAAGCUAUGAAACUAUGAUCCCCCCCCCCCCGAUAUUUUUUCCACUUCCAAUCUUUUUGCAAGGACUUUUUAGCAGAAUGAUUCCUAGCUUGCAGGGUGAGACCCGCAGAUGAGCUUGCAAAUGAUGAGCAUAUUUUUUUUAGCAGGUAAGCACAUUGGUGGCAAAUGCAAAGUGAGUUAUGGCCAGGGGCUUGUCUCUGACCUUGCUUUGGGCUUCAGAGGCACUUGAAAUCAGGGAGGUGCUCAGAAGUGGCAAGAAGCCUUACUGUGCCCCGGAAGCCCAAAGCAAGGUCAGAGAUGAGCCCCUACCCAUCUCUUACUUUACAUUCCUUUUGUGACUGCAGGCUUGAGCCUCCCACCACUCUCUCCUAAGGCAUAAGGGGUGGAUGGAGAGGGCUUGGCCCUGCUUUGCUGAGCUUCGGAGUCACUCUAAUGCAGCCAAAUUUCUCACUGCUCAAUGCCUCCAAAGUGCAAUGGCAUAGAUUUUAUCCAUAGCAGGAGGAUUGGUGGCAGUCACAACUGAACUGGCUUAUUGAGGCCACUAAAAAUUGAGGACUUCUGGACCCAGUUUUGCAUCACAGGACGCUUGUGUGUGUGUCACCAAGUUGACAUUAGUGUGUGAUGAGGACUUGGCAGCACAAUGAGCAACGUGCUUUUCUAGAUUGUUUGUUUAAAUUGUCAGAGAAAAGGCCUUUGUCUGCGUUAUUCAGGGAGCAGCUAUCUGCAUGGAUUCUGAUACUAUCCACAGAAAUAGAUAAAAUUCUCAUCCUUUGCUUUAAUAUUUGACAGUAUUUGGCAGUUUAUUAUGUAUGGAAAAGAUGCUACAGUUGUUUGUACUCUUUAACAGUUAAAUAUUACUAGCACUGUGCUGUAUAGUAUCUAGAAGUUGCUGCAUGUAAAGCUUGCAAUCUACAUUAAUAAUGACAGGAUUUAAUUUUCCUCUAUCUCAAUGAAUCCCUGUGAUGACCUCAUAUGAACUGACCCUCAUAUGAUCAUACAACAUUUCAUUUGAUGGGACCAUUAAUACAGCCUGUGACACUCUAUGUGGCAAAAUAAUCUGAAUGUCUUCAUUAUAAGUUUCACAAUGAGACAUAAAUCUGUUGGGGCUUAGGAGGCCUGGAGGCAUUGCUCUGUAUGAUUCAAUGUUCUAUAGUGUAAGAUUGUUGUGAGUUGAAUCCAUUGGGUUGUAGUCGGCUAACGUGCUCAGAGCAGACACAUUGAAAUUAAUGGAACUAAGUUAGGUUUAUAUGAUUCUAGAAACAGCAGAAAAAAGGGCAAAAGUCAAUAGUGAUGAACAAUCCAUUCUGUCUUCUAGGGAAGAAAGGGUAGGUAUUCUGGGGAAUUUGCUGGGGACAGGAUAUAGUUGUGAAUUCUGCCGAUGAUCAUUUUAUUUUGUAUUAUUUUCUGUUCCAAAAAGUAUUCUCAAGCAGCAUACAAAGGCUUAAAACAAAAUAAUGAAAAUUAAAUAUGCAUCAAACUACUGAAAUAACAGCCGCAUUAAAAUAUAUAAUUUUAAUUGAAGUAAUCCAUAAACCUCCAUUAAAAAGUGGAGGAGAAACUGUGUUGGUGAAUUGGUGUAGCCUAGUGCAGCUGACCAAGUGAAUUAUGCAGUUGCCAAAUCUUUCCCCUCUUUCAAACAGCUCAAUUGCUGGAGGCAAACCACUCACUGUAGAAGUAGCAGGUGUAGAGUACAUGAAUGAUGAUCCAGCCAUGAUGGAUGUUCUCUAUGCAAAAGUUCAUAUGAAGGAUGGCUCUAACAAGUAAGUUUCCCCCUUCUUUUUUAAUUAAAAAAAAUCAUUUUCAUUCCACAAAGUGAUUAUAUAUGAAUUUGCAAAAGUAAUAUAAUGACUCUUGAGAAGGCUCUCAACCUCUGGGUUUGAUUGUUUCUGCCAGAAAAUAUACCACAAGCUAUCCAGGAGAUAAGGUUAUUGCAACCUCUUUGUAGGUAAAGAGAAGGGUCUGUAAUGAGUUUGCCCUUGGGCUGAUAACAAGUAGUAUUACUGAGAGAGAUAAUUAUGGAGUAUCCACCUGUGCAGUUUCUGCUUAAUGUUGAUACUUCUGAAAACUAGAAACUGUUUCCACUCUCGUUAGUUCUAAUUUAAAUAUGGGGUUGAAAUUCUUACCCCUGCUAGCUGGUGGCUGCGUUCACACAUAUGUGGGUGACCCUGAAAGUGCCCAAACAGAGCAUCAGGCUUGUGCACUCCCCCCUCCCAUCUUCUCUUUCCAUGCAGUCAGGAGCAAGACGACUUCAGCAGAGUUUUAUUUCACAUUUAAAGUGUUAGGUUUGAACCACAGAUUCUGAUUUAAAACAAACCUUGGUUCAUUGUAAAACCCACUUUCAUGACCCAUGGUUUGGAGUUUGCUUGCUAUGUGGCUAGCCAUAGUUUUUUUUUUAGGAUCUCUGAUGCACAUGCUGGUGCUGAGCCAGAAUUCUUUAAAAGUGAAACUAAAUGCUGUUGAAGUCCUGGCCCCAUGGAAGGCAGAGAGGGGAAGGGGGAGCAUGCAAGCUGAAAACUUUGCUUGAACCCAUUCAGACUUGUCUAGAUGGCUAAACUGCGAGAAUGUGGCCCCUGUCUUUGCAACUGACUGCUAAGUCACAUUGUUAUCACAAUUUUGUGAUGCUCUUUGCCUAUUUGCAAAGUAUGAAUGUUCAUUUAGUUUGUAUUCAGUGUUGUCACUACCUUCUCUAAGAAACCAAAGUUUAAAUAUAGACCAGGCCAUUCCUUUUGUUUUCUUUUCAAAUGUAUAUUUCAAAUGUAUAUUUGAAUGUAUAUUGAAUGUUUCAAUUUCUUUCUUUCUUCCCUUUGAAAUGUAUCUGUGGUUUCCUGAAAAGAAGCAUCAGAGUAAAUAGUUGCAGCAAAAUUAAAUAAACAAGAUUUUAGUGUAUCAUUUCAAAUUAAUCUUCAGCUUUUGUUAAAAUAAGGACUACCAUGUUUUUAUUUGCUUUAGCUUUCUGCCUUACAAGGAAUCUGAUCAGUAGGAUCAGUGGUAGAGACAGAUUACUUUGGGAUUUUACAGUUUCAAAGCCCAAGUGUCCAUUGCUUCAUAGCUCUCACUACCCGUUAACUGGAUUCUGUGCUACCAGGACAUACAUACUUGGGUUGAUAUGAAAGCUAAGGCGCUUGGAUUUAAUAGAUAUACCCAGUAGAUUCCAUGAGUUUAGUAACUAAUAGUAACAUAUUAGUUACUAUGAUACCUUAAGAAAAGUAACCAACUCUUUCAACACCUAGGAUUAUAAAAUAAGUUCUUGUUCCACCCUUUAUAUGGCAAUGUGAGAAGCAAAUAUCCUUUCUGAUUUUUGUUUGCUUCUGAAUAGUUGAUUUCCCAAAGCAUAAGAGUUCCCAUUUCCCUCCUUUGCCUUGGUGAUGCUGGAGACUGUGUUUAGACUGUGGGGUGGGAGGAGACAGUGAAAUAAGGUUAUGCUCUGAUGGUUCCCAUGUAGCAAAGACUUCGUAAUUCAUUUUAAUUUGUCUCAUUUCUUUGAUUAAUUUUAUAACAUAAUAAAGCACCAUUUUCACUUGAGCUAUUUUGUUAAUUUGUUUUAGUAUCAUCUGUGAUGAUACUUCUUUCAUUUGUCAUCGCUAAUUUUAAAAGUCACUGAUGUAUCACCAGAAAUAAAAUGAUGAGGGGCAAAACAUAAGAUUCAAUCAGUAAGACUAGAAAUUGGCCAGUAACUGCUUCAAAGGGACAGCUCAAAGCUAGCAGGCUGUAGCGUUAGCUCAUCAAGGAUUGUCAAGCAAAUGGUGACCAGAGAGGGAGAGGGAAUAACCUUAUUACAGUUCCAUCUCUGAGUAAGACCUAAAGGGCCAAGGUGGCAACUUAUAGCUGGAAAGGGAUGAGCUAUCUGGCAAAUUAUGUUGCUAAUGGACUUAGUGACAAGAUUGUAUAAGACUUCCCAUUUGUGUGAUGAUCUCCAUUUUAAUGAGCAGGAAUGUUUGGUUUUAAUGAAUGUUCUCUGUCCAUGGUGCUAUGAAUCUUGCUCAGUCCUUUCAAGGAAGAAAACAUACUGAAGAGCUACAGGGCUUUAGAAAUGUGUUCAUCCCGUAGUGCACACAUUUAGCUUGCAGUUAGCACAAAUAUGAAUCAUCACACUUUUGUGUGGGGAGAUUACUUGUAUGUUCUAGCAGGGACAAGUUCCUGUACACUUAUUGAACUUCCUGAUUCCCGUAUUUGACCUUUCAGAAACGUUCAGUUGUAAUCAGAACUGGAAUUAAGCUGAUGCCUUUAAGAUGAUGUGCUUUUCUUUUUCGAAAAAAAGUGGGGGAACUCGUCACGAAGUUUGUUUGUUGCGGGCCCAGUCAUAGUGCCACCGCCCCCACGGGCAGUGGCUAAAUGUAAGAUGUAAUUAAUAAACUCAAGCAGACAAUGAUCUGGAUUAGAAAUGGCCACAACUAUAUUGCUUACAGAUAUAGGUGGAUUUUUGGCUCAGGCAUUGGGUAUAUAUCUGUUCCAGUCCCCCUGCCCCCCCUCUCUUUAUAUAUAUAUAUAUUUACACUUAUAGAAGCAACAUAGUUCAUUAUGAUUGAUGUCAUCAGAGACAGCUUAGAUCUCACGGCAACUCUAUACAGUUCUAGCUGCUUUGGUCAACUGCUCAUUUUUGGGAAGGCGCUCUAAACUGGGAGCAUUGCUUUGCCUCUUUUCUAUCACUUUCUGUCCUUCCACUUUUCCUGUGGAGAACUAUUAUCUCAAGCUGGAGCUGAAAUGGUGAGGAGAGCUGCUGUAUAUGGUGACCACAUGUUUUCCUUCUGUCUGAAUUCCAUCACUCUGUGCUUUAAAUGGCGUAAGGCAGAAUAAUUCAUUCAUAAGCACCAGCCUUGGAAAGCAUCCCCGGAUAAACCAUGCAGCUGAGCUGUACCACAGCAGAUUUAACCAAAUGGGUUCAAUUAUGCUUGGCAGUGAAUAAACAAAAAACGAUGCAUCUGACUUGUCUCUAAAUACAUCUUAACACUUGACUGUAAAUGUUUCGGGUUAUUCUGGCAAUGCUCAGAAAACAAACAUGUCCAAAUAAAGCUCCACCCUGUGGCUGUGUGCUGCAGGUUAAUUCCAAAAUGAAUGUGAUGUGCACACCCAAAUAAAAGGAUCCUGUAUGAUGACCUGCCUGUGCACUACAUUGUACUAGAAAUGUCUGCAUUGUAGGGUAGGGGAAGGUGUUGUAUUGCUAGGGUUAAGCAAGGUUUUGACAGUUCCCAGCUACAUUGUUUUAUCACCUCUGUCACUGGAGACGAUUAGUGCCAGGUGCCAGCAUGACUUGAAGAAGUGCUUGUGAUUCAGAGGUGAUUUCUUUAUCUCAGACAAAGCAUCCUUGGCCAAGGUUCUGAUUUCCACACUACAAAGUUGUACAUGGAACAAGAUAAAAAUUGUUUUUAGCAUGAUAUCAAGCCAUCUUCAGGUGGGGUCAGUAUAUUUUUGGUCUUAAGAACAUAGUUUUGUCACCUCAUCCAAUGAUUGAUCCCUUAUCUAGGCUUGCCUUGUAUUCUAAGCCCAGUGACAAAUGUGACUGAAACAUUUUGUUCUGUCCUCCAGACCCGCCAAUUCCAACUUUCCCCACUGAUAUCUCCCUACCUUGAAGAAAUGGCAGGCUGCAAAUGCAACAUCUGUUGUUUUAGUAACAACAGUUUUAUGUAUUUUUCCUCGCAGGGUUAUGAAGAUACAAUUAUGUAUCCCAUUACGGUAAUGAAAAAAUUGUGGCUUUCCUUACUUCCUUUCCCUUUCCAUAGGCUCCAGCUCAUAGCAGAUAGACUGACAGAUCGGUUUGUGACCUCUGGACUAAUGAUGAAAGAGUGGGAUCAGGUGAAACUCCAUGCCACAGUCAUGAACACAAUCUUCCGGAAAGAUCCUAGUGGUGAGCAUUUGUUAAGGUCUCCUUGAGGAAAUACAGCUACCACUUUGAUCUCUGAAAUUGCUAUAUGGUUCCUGUGUUUGGUGUUGCUCAUUUGUUAUUGUUUUGUGACCUUUAGGCAGAAGAUAAUUGGUUCAUGACCCUCAAAAGGAGUUGGGUUCCUUCAUUAAGGUUACACAGUAGAGCAGAGAAUAAAUAUUUUGCUAAAACAUUAAACACACUGUUUAUGUCUGGCAGAAAUUGGCUCUUUCUUCCCCUUAUGUCUGAUGAAAGUUAGGAUAUUGUAUUGCUUUUUAGACAAGACAGUUACUGUCUUCAUUCGUAUUUCCUAUAUCUAAAAAAUGGAUUUGGUUAAUGCUAUGUACUUCCAGGCUCCUGUAUUGUUUUGUUUUGUUUUAGUGAGAAUGACUAUAUCAGUAAAUAGAAUAGUAACGGAGUAACUAUUGAACUGAACCCUGAACAUGCCUUGCGCUAAUUCUAACAUACUGCUUACAGCAAACUAUGACAAGGACAUUUCCUUAAGUCACUCUGUGCAUUGCAUAUUUUAAGGCCAUAAGAACUACCAUGCUAGGUUCAUCCAACUAACUGUAUAUCAAGAUUUUGUCUCUAAUUUUAGCUGAUGGAACAAAUAGGACACUUAAUAGAUGUGUUUGUGUGAUGUCUGCAUCAGAAAAUUCAGACUUUCUAUCAAAGAGUCCACACAAUCUCAAAUCCUGUGCCUGGGCUGCAAAUUAAAAAAUAGAAAAAUUCUUAGUCCACCAAGGUUUUUACUAUCCUUCCUGGAAGCAGUUCUCACAGGUGAACAGGUAGCUUGCUGCUUACAAGCCUGAAUUACGAACUACUGCUCAUGUUUAUUUUUAACAAAUAGAUGACUUUCAAAAGUCGUAUUUUCAGAUAGCUGGUUUGCACAACAUAGUAAGCCAAACUAUGGCUUAGUGAGAUAGCACUGAAGUUUUUUCUUGGUUGUAGCUUGUGAUUAGUGAGGAGAGAACCACUGUUUCCGGUUCUUAUGAUAUGCUAAGCUAAACCUUGGUUAGCUCAGUGCAAUGCAACAGUUUGUUCCUUGCUAUCAUAAGGCUAGAAUUUUGAGGGGGUUUUUAAUGAAGCAUGAACAUCUCAGAAAUCAUAUUGGUGGUUAUAUGCUUGUGAGGAGAAUAUGUAGAUUGCAGAGUAACAGAACCCUAGCUAAGGGGUAAUUCAUCUUCUUGAGUUUGUUCUCAGAUACUGGCAUUGAAGGAUUAGAGACACCUUGUGAACAAGGAUGCAUUGCCCAAGUGCUUACUUUUCCUCAUUGGUUUUAAAUAUAUACUAUGCAGAGUGAUCAGAUAUUUGAUGCUGGACUUGGUAAUUCAAGAGAUGAGAGAAUGCUUUAUUGCUGAAAUGUGCUUUGACAGAGCACUGAGUAUUACACUCUAGUUUCCCCUUGGAUGAUUCUAUUACACCGAGCUGUCAGCCCUGCAUAAUCCUUGCAACAAUAUUGAUGACUGUAGGAAUUUUGACAUGAUACUUUGGGAAAUAAUUUGCAGGUUUUCUUUCUUGUAUAAAAGGUGAGUGCAGAGUUGUAUUCCAUGUGUGAAAAAACCCUUUUAGGAUGAGCUGUAAUUUGAUAUAUUUAUUUUGCAGCUGAAGAGCAAAGUAAUAGAUCUGCAGGCAAAUUUUUCAAGGAAAGGGAGUCAUUUGAUGGACGAAAUAUAUUGAAGGUUAGUGUGAAGUAGGCUUGUUUAGCUUAUGUUAAAUGACAUUCCAGGUGAAAUUAAAAAUAAAUUGCAAACUUGUACCUGUAUAUUGUAUCUAUGAUAUCCUAAUUGGCGGGAGAGAGGAUGGACUAUUGUAUGUACUAUGUAUGUAUGUACUUAAAAAGAAUGUGUGCACUAAAAAGAAAGGAAUUCAAUCUGAAAUGCUGUUGGCAUGUCUAGCAUGUGCAAAAUGUAUAAAUGACACUGACAUAUGGAGGCACAUUGACUGGACUAAGUGAGAUCCUAAUAUAGCUAUUAGACAUGUGAUUGCUGAUGCAUGGGUCCUUUUGGACCCAGAAGAAGGUGGAAUGGGGGCAGAAUGGGGUGGGGCACACAUAUACAGAUAUUGAAACUGUAGUCCAAAGCAGAUAGCCAUAGUUUACCAGUGGGAACAAAAUGGGAAACUCUGUUUAGUUAGAAAUGCCUGCAUUUCAUUCAAACAUGCAAUAAGCUGCUGUCUAUGCAGCCAAAAGAGUUGUUCAUAUCUUGGCAUGUCAAACCCAGAUAGUAUUAGCCAAGCAUAGUUAAUUUGUGUGUGUGUGUGUGUGUGUGUGUGUGUGUGUGUGAAAAACAGACAAAGACAUACAAUAAUAAAUACUUAAUUGCAGCACAGCAGAAAAGAAUAUAAGCGGUCAUUAGGUCUACCUAAAGGUACUUUUGAGUCUUUCAUUCCUUGAACAUUUCCCAAAUACUUAGAUUUUUAAAAGAAGCAUACAUUUAAGUAGUUCAUUCAUCUCCCACCUGUCCCAUCUUCCUGCUUGGCAACAAGUUAAAGGCUGUGUCAUUUGCACUUCUGUGUCUUGACUUGGCAUGCUGAUGUAUGCAGUUUCUAAGUGGAAAAAAUACAUUAAAUUUGAUCACCCAUGUCUAUUAUUCAUACCACAGCUCUGUGAAAUGUGAGACAGACCAGUUGUUUUUUUAGAAGCAUUAAUUGUGGGGUUUAAAAAUUUUUUUUUUACUGUUUCAGCCAAUAGAACCAUUGGCUGUUUGAUGCAUGAAAGAGUGCUGCUAAUUUCCCCCAAGCACGCCUUCUUUUAAGAAACACCAUCUUUCUCCAGCACCCCCACAUUCUUUCGCCACUCAUUUGGCAUUUCCCUCCUCAUUGCCAACUGCCCAGAGGAACACCCACUGGCACUAAUUAAGUAUGACUCAUAACUGGCAGUAGAGCCCUGACAGCCCGACCAUUGAUCAGUGAUGCAUUCUUUUGAAUUUUGCUCUGAUAGGCACUCUUGCCCCUGCCAUUUUAUAUUAGUUACAUUCUUCUGCUAAUUCUCUUUGCAAAGUAGUUUCCUUAGGUUUAGAGACAGAAGCCCAAAUGUCAGAUUGGUUACGAAUGCAGCUGCAGCGACUGUCACAGCAUACCAGCUGCAUCCUGCUAUCCAAAUGCAAUGUGCUUUACAAACUCACCCAUUCUCCCUUACUCCUUAAAUUGUAGUCUUUCAUUUCUUUUACUUCCAGUCCAGAUUAUGUAUUGUUGACUUGUUAUUUGCUUUGUGGAUGCUUAUGCAACCAGCUCAGUGAUUGGGGUUAAUUCUCCCAGUCGGAUAACUUUCAGAUUGGUUUGAUAACUGAAAAUGAGAGCAUGCCAGGUAAGAGCAAGCCCCUUUUUAUAGAGCAUAACCAAAAGAGGUCGAACAGUAGUCUAAAGAAAUCUCAUUUGGAAGUAGUAAUUAAAGUAUAUUUGCAAACUUCAAGUGGGAACAGCCAAAAGAAAGUGCACAGCUCAGGCACAAGCUGAUGAACUUCCUGCAGCAAGUUAGACACAGGCCUAUUUUUUAAAACUCUUUUUCGUUUUUGUUCUGCUGUGGUACUGGACUAGCACCGUAUCAGCCACCGAUACACCUCCAGUGGCAUUUUCUUCCAAAAUACACUACUGCAGAUAGCCUUUCCAAUAACCUUUUAUGUUAUAAAUGUAGAUUUUUUUAAAUUUUGCAGUCAUUACAUACCAGUGUAGAUCUUUGAGAUCUAUUAACUCACCUUGAAUUAAUUUCAUCCACAUCAGCACAUCUGCCAGUGUCUUCCAACAAUUAUUUAAUGCUUCACAAUAAGCAAUAUGCAUAUUAAAAACAAACCUUAGGCUUCUGUGCAUCCAGACGUUUUCCAGCAACAGCCCUGUUAGACAAACAGAAGAUCCGUUACAGCACAAUCCUGUGCAUAUUUACUCAGAAUUAAACCCACUGAAUCACAGAGUAAUCAUGACACUGGCUGGGCAGCCCAGGGGCAUGAAUGAAUGGGGUGGCCACUGCUGCAUCCACAGCCUUGCUACUCAACAUUGCCUGGGGCAGAUAAAACCCUGUUCCAUGCUGAUGUGGAACUGAUGUGGUGACUGUUCCUGGAUCAGGCCCGAUACCAUCAAGUGACUGCAGUGGGGUUAGUUUGGGAUUCAGCGAAUCUAGGGCCAGUGCAACCACCCCAGCAUACCCCAUUGGGGGGCUUUCUGUGAGUUCCUGCUAGCGAUACUUCAACCCCAACCUACACUUUCAGUGGGCAGAACAAGGAGCUCCAGGCUGGAGGAGUGAUGCUAGCAGAGCUCUGAGGAGAGGCUGUGACAAAUUGGGGAGUUGGAUUGCAGCUUUAAGUGUGUUAUGCCAAGUAUGUUUAGGAUUACUGCCACACUUUGAUCAGUCAUUUUGCUCUUGUCAAUGUACUAGGGCAGGGUUUCUCAAACUGUAUUUGGAUUACAGUUCCUAUCAUCCCUGACCAUUGGUCCUGCUAGCUAUAAUAAUAAUAAUAAUAAUAAUAAUAAUAAUAAAUAAUUUAUUUAUACCCCGCCCAUCUGGCUGAGUUUCCCCAGCCACUCUGGGCGGCUCCCAAUCAAGUGUUAAAAACAGUACAGCAUUAAAUAUUAAAAACUUCCCUGAACAGGGCUGCCUUCAGAUGUCUUUUAAAGAUAGCUAGGAAUGAUGUGAGUUGUAGUCCAACAACAGCUGGAGACCCAAUUUUGGGAAACCCUGUACUAGGGGCUUCCACCCCUGCUGGCUUAACUCACCAACCUCAUUUACCCCCACCCCACCAAUGCCACCCUCUCCCCUUCCUUGCCAAAGCUCCCUCCCCAGCUUGCCAAACUCCUCCCCAUUAGAUCAGGCUCAAUCUUUAUCUCCCCUACCCCUAGUGGGCCAAAGUGAUUUUUUUAAAGCUAUGCUGGGACAUCAAAAUGAACCGAGGUUUGAAGGGAGAAGUUUAUGGGGGGUGGGUGCUGGAGGAGCUGAUAGGCAGGUGGGUUCAUGCCUUUCCGUGUAACCCCCCAUGCCACCCCCUGUGGAGGUUUGAAUGAGAAACGUGGGGUGGGGGCAUUUGGAAACCUUGAGUAGCCAAACCUCCCACCCCCUUCUCUUAGAUUUUGUCAAAUCUCCCCCUCUAUUUACAAUAUUCAUUCCGGUUUGUUUGGGACUUGAGUACUGGCCAUUACCUUGAAAUUCCUAAACACCUUAGGAUCAGUAUAUCAAAUGCACUGGCGCCUCCUACCUUAUGAGCCUGUCUGUUCUGUGAGGUCAUUUGGAGAAGCCUGUUUGUGUAUCCCACUGAUACCUGAGAGUGGGCUGGUAGGAAUGUUCAAUAGAGCCUUCUCCCCUAUUGUGUCUAGGCUUUGGAUUACUCUGCCUGGCAGAUUUAUUUAUUAUUUUGUUCCAGCAGUUUGUUUCUCCUUUUUUCGCCUUCUCUUUUGCAUGUAUUUGAUCUGUAUUUUCUGCUAUACCUCCCCCCCUUUUUAGGCGAGUUUUUUAAAAGUGAUUUGUGGUGUAUGUGUGUAUUUACCACGCUGUGAGUUACCUUGAGUGCCUCAUAUUAAGGCAGGAAGGCAGAAAAUAAAUGCAUUGAGAAUAAUUACUCCUACUACUACUGAAGAAGCCAGAAGUUAGGCAUUAGGAUGCAACAGUAGGGGCUCAAGAGGUAAGUCUGUAAGAAGCCAGAAUACAUGAGGCUGGGAGAAUUUUGAGAUUAAAGUCUGCUGGUACCUUCCUGUAGACAACACCAUACUGACUGUAAUAAAUAUAUAGUAGAAAGUAAUCUGAUAGAAAGGGCUCAGCAGGUGUCGCAUGUUUUCAAAUGGAUGAGAACAUAAAUAAUUUUUUGCGUGGUUUUAACUCUGCUACCAAAUGCCAACGUAAACAGAAAUGUUUUCUUGCUUCCAACAAUGUUUAAACUUUGGAAAAUUUGGGGCAGGCUUGUGGAUUCUAUGUUUGGACAGCUGCUGAUAGUGCUUUUCUAUGUGCCAUUGUCACCAGAACAACCCAGGAGUGUGAUCCUGAAGAGGGCACUCCUAGCUGAUCUAGAAAUCAUGAAGAAACAUGUGAGAGGAAGGCUUUAAGGAAGGGUUUCCCAAACUUGGGUCUCCAGCUGUUUUUGAACUACAAUUCCCGUCAUCCCUCAUGCUGCUAGCUAGGAAUGAUGGGAGUUGUAGUCCAAAACAACUGGAGACCCCAGUUUGGGAAACUCUGCUCUAAUGAGUCUAAGACAUUAUUGACUGUAUGUUCUGAAAGAAGAUGACAUCUCUUACUCCAUAUGCAAAGUCCAGUAUAAUGGGAUCCCAGUGACAUAGAGUCCCCUUUUGUUUAAAGCAGGAGUAGUCAACAUAUUAUGGAUGUUGGACUCCCAAUUUCCAUAAUCUCUCACAAUUGUCUGUGCAGGCUAAAGCUGAUGGGAGUUGUAGACUGAUAAAAUAUGGGGGCUAUUGCAGUGUAUAUCCCCAGGUUUGCAGAUUUCCAGAGGCUUUAACUGACAGUGCUCGGCAAUAAUCUAUCCCUUCAUAAGAUUCCUGCAUACACUUAACUCUUGUUUAUUUUAAGGAUGUAUAAAGAUCUUAACAUAAAACCUCUAAGUGGUGAACAAGAGUGCAUAAAAAUGCAUAAGAUAAAAUCCAUCAUAAAACAAAACUAUCAAGCAUAGUUGGAAUGUAGGAAUGUACCUUAUAUUGAGUUAGAUCAUUGAUCCAUCUAACACAGUACAGUGGUACCUCGGUUUUCCAACGUAAUCCGUUCCAGAAGACCGUUUGACUUCCGAAACGUUCAAAAACUGAAGCAUUUACUUCCAGAAGCAUCUACUUACGGAAAACUCAAUACGGAAGCCGCGUGGAAUGUUCGACUUCUGAAAAGCGUUCGAAAACCGAAGCAGUUACUUCUGGGUUUUUGGCAUUCGAAAACCAAAACGUUUGACUUCAGAGACAAUCAAAAAAACGAGGUACCACUUUAUUGUCUAUACUGACAGGGUUUCAGGGUUUCAGAUGUUCCCAGCCCUACCUGCCAGAGAAUGAGGUGGGACCUUCUGCAUGCAAAGCAGAUGCUCUGCCACUGAGCUAUAAGCCCCUUUUUCCUAAUAAAGCCUUCAUCAUAGAUCAUAUCAACUGAAAAGCAGUGCUGGAGAAGGCCUGAGCAAAAAGGACAGAGUAGUAGGUUUGUCCAAUCAUCAAGGAAACAGAGUUCCUUACAACUGGUACACUCAUGCCGAAGGCUCUGUUGCCAGUUGAAUGCAUGACACAGCAAGCAAGGUCUUAUCAUACAUUUCCUUAACAAUUCUUUGCACUGCACUGGCCCACUAAGGUUUCCCUUUCAUCCUAUGGCCUAAACCUCACACUUACUUCACUUCCAAUCCAUUAGAAUGUCCAGGCCUUGAGGUACUCUGCUCCUGUAAUGAAGCGAAGAUCAUUUGGUGUCUUUGCAUCUCUCUGUGUUUGGGAAAAGUAAGGGAGAUUUAGGAAAAGAUAAUAAAGUGAUAAUGGGGUAUGAUCUGUGGGUACGCUUGUAAUCCUCAUGUCGGUAAAUAGAUAUAACCUAGAUGCAGGACACAGAUUUUUAGUAUGACCCUUAACUUUGUAAUGUCAUAUAUUUAAAGUGAAAUAGAGGGGAAACUGCCUGGAUUUUUUUAAAAAAUAGCCUAGAGUAACAGCUGCCUACAUAAUGCUGAGCAGAGUUAAUUACAUCCUGAUAGAGAAGGGUUUUAUUGCAUUCCACAACAGCCAUUAUUGAGAAACUGACAGAGCUUAACUUUCUUAAUAAUGACCCUCCCAGGCUACAGCCCCAUCUCCACUAGUGCUGAACACUGAAAAUCAGUUUGGUUAUUUUAUUUAAUUACAAUACGAGAAAGAAGUGCUAAGGCACUGUUGAGUUUGUACAGGCCAUAUUGAGGGGGUCCGGCUGCAAUCUGCGUGACUUGGAUGAACCCACAAUCAUAUUCUUAUAAAAGCCAGCUCCUGGAUUCUCUUGUUUUGUCACACAAAAUGAGAGACUAGUCUAUAAAGCCAAGGGUGGGGAUAUGCAUAUAGGAAUGGACUUAGUUCUUAAAGGCUUCCAUAGAGUCCUAUUGGGUAAAGUAAGCUAAGAUGCAAACUGGGACUGGAUUGCAGGGGACUAGGAAAAUCUACCUGUGCUCUGGACAUGGGGCUCAUGAGUGUAUCCUGGUGCAGCUCAUUGGCUAUGAGUCAGUCGCUUCCUGUGACAAAGAAAUGAAUUGAAAGAUGGUGUGUCAGUAGGGAUGGGAGUGGAACAUGUCUUGUAUUGCAACUACUUGGGUCACUUGGUGCAGGAGUGGGUUCAGCUCUCAUCGCAGCAGUGUUCCCACAUGCAUCUUUUUAUUUUAAAAUGAGUAGCUGCUGUCUGGUCUUAUAGGUAAAAGUACUGUACUUGGGUACACUGUUCUGAAGCCUGCUUCUUUCUUCUGAAAUUAGGAGAUCCAGUCUCCACUGACAAUGUUGCAUGCUAAAUGUACACGAGUUGGAGAUACUUUUUUAGUCAAGCUGUUUAUAAAGUUUCUAAAUAAAUAAUAUUAUACUCACACUUGUGAGUCCCUAUAAUAUAUGUGCUCUCCUUCCACCCUUCAUAAUGACAGGCAUUUCACAAGUAAAUUAAUAAAAGUAAGAUGACUAGAACACACUACUGGCAUGCUUCAUAAACACCAGAAGAUAAAACUAAGAAGUUGAUGAAAGAAAACAAAUAUAUGUUUUGUAUCAUUUUUGGAUAGAAUAUUCGGUUAAGAGUGGUUUUUUAAUAUUGGAGUGGCUAGGUAGAAAAAUUGAAAGGAGAACUGGAAACACAUAAUGCCACUUUGCACACUGCAGAACAUUGCAUCUAUUUCUGAUCCCUGCAUUAUUAAAGGAUUCUGAUAUACUAGAGAAAAUUCAAGAACACACAAUUAGAAUGAUGCUGUGGUAGGGAGACCGCAGGGCUAAAGAGAGAUUCAAAAUCAACUUUUGCAUUGUCUGGAGAAAGGAAGAUUAAAGGGGCUGGAUGACUGUAUAAAUACAUUAAUAGAAAUCUAAUAUUUGAGGGGGGAAAGCUUUUUUACAUCCUCUGAAUAUGGGCUUGUGAUCUAAGAGAGAAUAUGAGAACAUUCAGAAGAGAGACUGGGAAGAAAAAUUAUUUUGUUGGAGUAACUCAAAUACAGCAAAAAAAAAAAAAAAAAAAGGCAGCCCACUAGAGAAACAAUUCUAGGAAGAAGUGAAUAAGAAAUAUAAUAUAGGGAAUUUGUGAUAUUUUUGUAUCUUUUCCUUUCCCUCCCACUCCUUUCCAUGGGCAUUCCUUUCAAUCUUAGGUUCUCUUUGAUCAGUAUAGCAGCAAUUAGCUCUGCCUCUUUUCUAGUAGGUGAGUUGAAAGUCCUACACUUGAUUUACAGUGGCCAGUAGACCACACUGACCCAAUGCAUUAUGUAUCUUACGAGACAGAGACUUUAUGGGAGAAGGUAUGUGAUUGAUUUUGGACAUUCUGUAUCCCCUUUAUGUUAGACUUUCCAGAGUAUGUGUGCAAUUCCAAACACAGCUACAAGGCGGUAAGUAUCAUUGAGCACACUCUCACUCCUAUACUUAAAAGUACAUCCUUCCAUUGGGAGAGCUAUCCAUUUAUUACAGCUCCUGCUUCCUGUUCUUUAACCAGUGCCUGAUCCAUAAGAGGACCUGUCCUCUUAUCCCAUGACUGCCCACUAAAUCUAUUCUCUCCUUUUAAACAAAGCACUCCAGUUUGCACUCCACAAUAUACUGGGAGUCGGGUAUUGUUGUCAUCUGCAAGUGCUAACUUACUUGAUUAUUCUCUGCUACUGACCUUGAGUAACCUUUCCAAAAAGCAUGGGAAAAAUGCCCAGAGGCAAGCAUAUGUAUAGAAAGAGAUGUUCCAGUCUCAAUCUUUAGGUUUAUUGUAAGAGUAAUUCACAUGUUUUUGCCUGAGAACAGACUCUUGGGGGACCUACUUGUGGCAUAUUAGCAUAUAUGAAUCUUUGGUAUCACCCUAAGGAGGAAAUAGCUCUUGAUCUGAAGACGAAUGUCUAGAUUCCUUACACUCUUGUGAACAUCUCAGUGUUCAAUCCUUCCGUCAGCAAAACACAAACAGAGGGAUGGGGCACACAAAUUGGUUGCCAAAGAAUGUGAUAGUUCUGCUUAAGGUAGUAGAAAGAGGUAACAUAACAGCAAGAUACUGCUUCACAGGAAGUAGCACUGGUACCAAGACAGCAGGGUCUGCUGAAGGUGUGAAUGGAAUAUUGUGACAUGCCCAAGUUUUGCAAUGUGGCGAGACAUAGCGGAAUGCUUGCUUCUGUUUCAAGUAGUCUUUGUUUAGCUGCAAGGCUACUUGGGAAGCAACCAAUAAGGCCCAUUUUGCAGCCUAACUACUUCUAAAGCCAUCAAUACCUCAUUAACACAUUAGACUCUCAGAGGCCUACAUGGCUUCAUUCAAAGUGCAUUAAAGUUAAUGGAGCAUCACUAAAAUGUGCCAGAGAGCUCUGUGCAGAUGUAUCUUUAAUUCAUUAUUUUUCAGCAGGUGCCAUUACUGCUUGCUUAACUCUCUUGUAACACCGAUUAAAGGAGAGGAAACUCUGUAUGUGCUUGUCUCUGUGUGCAGCUAGUUACCCAAGAGUAUGAUCUGUUACUAAUUUGAGUGCGGUCCUGUGGGUGGGCUAGUAGUUUGUUAGCAGUGGGUAUUGAAAAUAAUGGAGCAUAAAAUGCAGCAAAUGUGGAUAUUUCCAGGUAUUGUAAUUAGGUCUUGUACCAAGAGUGACUCUGUUGCAUGAUCAUUUAAGUAUAACAGGCCUUUGGCUAAUUAAACAAUCUAUGGCCUUUUAAACUGUUUUGGGGGGGGUAUUGUUUUUGUUUGUUACUGUGGUAUGUAUUUUUGUGUUUUUAUAUUGUAAACUGCUCUGUGAUGCUCGAAUGACGGGAAGAACAGUGAUCUCCCUUGGGAGGUGAGGGACUCUCUUUCCUUGGAGAUUUUCAAGCAGAGGUUGGAUGACCACCUCUCAUGGAUGCUUUAGUUGAAAUUCCUGCAUUGCAGAGGGUUGGACUAGAUGACCCUUGGGGUCCCUUCCAACUCUACAAUUCUAUGAUUCUAUGAAUUGCCUUCAUAAUUCAAACACUAUCUAAUUUUGUUCUCAAAUCUUGGGGUUUUUUUAACCCUAGCAUGAGACUUUUUAAUAAGCUUCAUUAUAUUAAAGUUCUUGUGGAAACAGUUAAUCAAAAUGAGAACUAAACAAAAAGAAUAUUGCACUUGCUGAUAAAACAGAGGCUUCUGUAAAUUGCUUGACAUGUUAGUUUUGCAGAAUAAGCCACAACGUUUGGGGAACUUUGAAGGUGUUUUUAUGGAAUACUAAGGAGACCCCAUUAAUCCUUUAUAAUCCUACAUCUCCAGAUCAUAGCUCUUUAAAAGAUUAAUACAAUACAGAAGACAUUUUUUAAAAAAAGAAUGGGAAGGGAAGUGGACUGGAUAGACCACUUCAUUCUUGAAGGCAAAGUCCUUCGUGAAACCUCAUCCAGAUCAAUAGUCUCCUCCAAUGUUCAUGGAACACUUUUCAGGCACACUCACUAAUGGAAGAACCACUGUCUUAUUAUUUAGUGGAACAAUCUGUCUGAGCCAAGCCAAAUGCUGCAGUAGGAGGGGGAAAAUGUCGCUGGAUAGCUAGCCUGUUGGAUCAGGAGGAAAAAAAUUGGUAGCCUCUUGAGGAUGAAGCACAAGCUAUUCAAAUAAAAGGCAUUCUUAUCACAGCAUCAUCCCAGUCAGCAUUCUCAGGCUGACAAUCUGUCUUGCUCCAGAAGUGCAGGAAAAAGCUAGGAUUUCCCAGCCUGGUCCUGAGAAGGCUUCUGUACCUUUUGUUUCAUAUAAGGGAGAAUUUUGGCAUGUGCUGUCUUCCAAAGUUUUGUAAUGACUGGAGAUGCAAUUGGACCCAGAAAAAAACAUACAAGAUUGGGGGGGGGGGAGAAAAGCUGAACGCAACAGAUUGAGUAAUACACCAGAUUUUAAAGAAAAAGAAUAAAAUACUCUUACAAAUUAUUCCUUUGGGACUUGAUGACAUUAUUUGCUCCCUUUGCUAUUCUAGGGAGACUGUUCCAGAAAUCUGUCAAGCUGUAUUUUCAAGGUGGAAGGCCUUGAUAACCUGUAGGUUGUUUUGGAAGCCCUGCUGUGGGAAGUAAGGAAAGAAUGCCAGGCCUUCAUUUUCUUCUUUUCAUUUUGUCCCCCAUGCUUUUUGUGAAACUCUGCAGCACAUCUUAAUCACAAAGCACCUGUGCCAUAACAGAAGUUUUUGUUCUUCAUCUGGCUAGCAUGCCUUUAAAAACCCAUUAGAAAGGAGCAGCAGGCUCAUUUUGACAGAAGGUAGCGUUCAUUUCACUCUGGAGCAGAAGGUAGGGUCUUUCGCUCUGGAACAGCACCAGCCUACCUGCUCUUUUAAUGGGUGUAGUGCUGGAAGGCUUCUAGGUGCCAUUAAAUGGUGUAAGGUAAUUACUAGGCUUGCAGAGUCUGGAGUCGCACACAGUCGGAUAUAUGCUUUUUGUGCGUGACCAAAAUGUUAUUGAAAACAUAUUCCGAAUGUGGAAUGAAAUGAUCUGAAUCAACUAAUUAACCCUCCAUAUUUGUUCCUUCGUUGUGAUGGUUGUUGUUGUUUAGUUGUUUAGUCGUGUCCGACUCUUCGUGACCCCAUGAACCAGAGCAUGCCAGGCACUCCUGUCUUUGUCCAUGGAGUUUUCUUGGCAGACUUCUGUCUCCUGAGCCAAGAAACAUAUCUAUGAAUUCCACUGACUGCCUGUUCACUGCUACUCAUCUGAACAACAACUUGCCACCUGAAGCAUGGGUGUAGCCAAGAUUGAUGGGGGGGGUCAGGCUUUAUGUUGGGGGAGGGCAGAACCUCAAUUAGUUAAGUAUUUUUAUUGAUUUUAUUGACGCCCGUGACCUGAAAUAGGCUUUGCUUUGGAAAUGUAGCAAAGAGGCCCUUUCGUUAGAAAUAGUUGAACGAUCUUGGAACAUAAAUCACUAAAGUGCUGUAAGUUUGUGGUUCUUGUUACGUAAUAGAGACUGAAAUACAUUUUUCAUGUUAUUUUUCAUCUAUGUAAUGUGGGAGUGGUCAGGCUCUUUUCUGAAGUGUGUAUGGAAUGCUAUUGAUUAGAUUCAUAUCUGAUCAUUUCAGAACUAUAGCAACAUGCACUUUUAGACAUUUUCUGGUCAGAAACCUUUUUUAUCAUUAGUAUUUUUAUACUACAGUGGUACAUCGGGUUACGAACUUAAUGCAUUCCGGAGGUCCGUUCUUAACCCGAAACGGUUCUUAACUAGAGGUGUGCUUUCGCUAAUGGGGCCUUCCACCAUCGCCACGUUGCUGGCACGCGAUUUCCAUUCUCAUUCUGGGGCAAAGUUCGCAACCCAAGGUACUACUUCUGGGUUAGCAGAGUUUGUAACCCAAAGUGUUUGUAACCCAAGGUACCACUGUACUAAUGUGCCGGGGGCGAGGGACAGACAGGCUCUUAACUCAACUGUUUUACUAAAUGUUCAUUGACUGCAUGUUCUUAUUCCUUCCAGUUUCCUCUUUGGUGAGGCAUUGCAAUCUGGAUCACCUGUGUAAAUCAGUAUGUGAGAGAGAAAGAGAAAGCAUGAUGAUGUGUAGAGGCUGGAUUUAGGUGAUUUUUAGAUUCCUUCCAGCUUCAUGCCUUCUAGGAACUAAAAUAUCAGAUUCGUUCCAUGUUGCAAUGGAGGUUCAUUAACGAGAGUUGUGUGGGACAGAUGGCCAAAGCAUACUGCGUCCAUAGUUCCCAUCUGCCUGCUAGCCAACUGAGAUCCAUUCCACAUAUUCAUGAACUGUGAAAUUCACCCCAUUUGUAUCAAUCAGUCUCCUUUGUCCUAUCAAUCACUUUGAUUUAUUUCUUAUCCCUACAAGCAUUCCUCCUCCCCCUUUCUCUCUCUCACAGUAUCAAUAUCUGCCAUCUCAGGAUAGCAUGUGUUUCUAAAUCCAUGUGGUUCCCAGAGGACUGCAGUAGAGGUUCUUUAUUUAUACUUGCAGACCCCUCUUUGGUUUUAAACCAAUCUUCUCCUUGUCAGAGACCUUGUAGUAGAUACUCAUUUCUGCCAAAAAAGACUGAACAAGAGCUGCAGGCCAAUACAACAAACAUUGUCUUCUUGGAUAAAUUAUCGUAUGCUUGAUGGGUGAGCUACUUACAGCUUAUUUCCCUCUAGCUUGUGCUGGUAUUAAGGUUCUGAUUUAGUCAAAGUCUGAAAGAUUAUAAUAAUUUGCACUUUAAGUAAUAUUUUCCACAAAGACAGGCUAUAAAGAGCAUGGGUUUAACUAGCUAGUUCUUCUAAGCCACGGGACCAAUAUAUUUUCAAUUUAGGUCAUUUUAUACUUGUUUAGGGUAAGAUUAUUAAUUUUUUUCAUGGAUAAUUUCAAGAGAAGCUGUCUGAGGGCUUGGUACUCUCCUGUAUUUUGCAAUAUAGGCUAGGCACUUGAGUAGAUGAAAGUUUGCGAAGCCAAGGGCUCUGGAAUGCCUGUUUUAAAGUGUAUAUUUAGUUGUAGUCACUGAAAAUUUCAAAGUCUCCAGGUAGGAAACUAGGGAGAGUUAUGAUAUGUAAGUCAAGAACUGAGCAAAGUUACAUUCUAAUAUCUUCAUGAUAGAUGCAGAGCAUGUAUUGCUCUUUAAGACUGUAGUCAAAUAAUGUAAUCUUGAGUGUAACCCCAAACUCUCUACCAGUCUGUACCUAUUUGAAUGUAGCUGAAGUCAAGUCCUCCACUUCUUCAUCAGUGUGGCUGAGAGCUAAUUAAUAUGUGUAUGGUGAAUUUGCCCCCAUAUUUUAAGUGUACACUUUGGUGCUUUUCAUUUGUGGGAGAGUGAGAUGGUAGGCGACCACUUUCCCUGCUAAAAAUGAUGUGGUGAACCUUGCUGCUUCGAAAUAAGUGUGAAUUUUGCCUUCAGAAAAGAGUGGACAUGAAAACAAUCACAAUGGAAUCUUUUGGUGGGGAUUUUUUUAUCUCCUCUGGGGAAAACUGGGUGCUGCAGAUGUGAUAAAGGAAAGGGCAGUCACCACAAACAUUUUCUGUUGAUGGAGUGCCCUUAGAAACAUCCAUCCUUGGGGUUAAGCUGAGGUAAUCAUAUUUUUAGGUCCUUUUCUGUGGGCGGGUCACGAUGGGACCAGUUUAGGCAGCUUGGCUUGCCUGAGGAGGAAAUUGAGGUGGGGGUAUGGGUGUGUUGUCUCUCUCUGCUCCACCAGCACCAGAAGUCUGACUAUGUCCCUGGUUGCUCUUACUGUAUAUCCUAUCUGACCUUGUAUCCAAGUCUAAGAACUAUCACCCUUAGGGGUAUAUUUAGAUUUGGGGCUGAUACCACACAGCGUAGCUGCUUUGUAUCACCAACAGGGCAUCUGAUUCCUUUAACACAGUGUUUCUCAACCUUGGGUCCCCAGAUGUUGUUGGACUACAACUCCCAUCAUCCCUGAGCUCUGGCCUUGCUAGCGAGGGAUGAUGGGAGUUGUAGUUCAACAAUAUCUGGGGACCCAAGGUUGAGAAAGGCCCCCUUCCAUCUUCUGAUGCUUAAAACAUUCUUACCUUCAGGCUGAGUCCUUAGCCUCCCACACCGGUGGCUGGGAGUAUCUGGUUUUGUGAAUAAACUGUACGGGCAGCUAAGGACAUGUUAUUUCUCUUGCCAGCCUUCUUGUGCUGAUUCACAAAGGACAGUUUUGCACCAUUAAUCUCCUUAUCCUUAGCCGGUGCUUUAUAUGGUUGAUACUUUUCAGCAAAUGGAUUCCCUACAAACUGACUGCAUGUGUGUAUUCAUUUCCCGGUGGAUGUGUGCAUCUCAUCCUCUGAUACUGCUUCUCUUUGUUGGUAGAUUUUUAACUGCAGAGCAUUGCAGUGAGUUGUUCCCAUGGUAUUGAAGUAUUGAAAUUCUUUGCAGAACUGCUAGGUUUUCUUUUUCUUUUCUUUUUUUAAAAUUAAUUCCAAAUGGUCCUUUUGGCCUUGCCACUUUAGGCAAGAGCAAAGCUUUUGGAACUGAUCAAUACCUGUGACAGUAACAGUGAAAUCCAGGCCAGGCUGCCCAAAGUGCAGAGCAGAGAGAUUACGUGAAGGAAGUUUUAAAUACCUCUGCUUCCCCUUCCUCUCUUUUGGUUAUAUUUGUCGUCCUGCUGCCCAGCACCUUUUCAGCCAAAUCUAUUAAUGUUUCUCAUGCUUGCUGUGUUCAUGACAGGUGAUUUAAAAGCAGUAGUUUGUGCUGGCAUGUCCAGGUUUUCAUAAAUGGUGCUGCAGUGCUGCUCUGCUGGUAGCCUGGUGUAUAUUAGCCCUGUGAUUGAUUGUAGCUAUUCCCAGGUUUGAAAACAGAAGUGGUGCAUCACAUUUUGGGGGAAGGUAGCCAAAAGGAAACUGCAGGAACCGAGCAGACGAGAAAGGGGGUGUUUCAUUCAUUCUGCCCAAAGCAAAAUAUAUUGAGCACAUUUAUGGAAGCCUCACUUUAAAGUAUUCUUAAUACUAUAGUUAAAAUAUUUUUGAAAAUUUUAAUUUUAUUAAUCCUAUUUAUAACCCACUCAAGACCAUGGGUUCAGGGUGGCCUACAGCAGUUUCAUCUCUGUCUUCAAAAGACCUACAAUCAUAAGUAAAGUUUGGGUGGCUAGAGAAAACAAAGGAGGGCAAACGAAAUAUCAUCCAACUUGCUAACGUUUUUUUUACUUGCUGUUAACUCCCCUUAAUCUGAAAUAAUGUAGGCAAAAUCAGGACAGGUGUGGCACCUUUUGAAAACUAAUUGAUUAUGUCAUAGGUUUCCAUGGCCCAGAGUCAACUUCAUCAGAUGUGAAGUAGAAGGCAGCUCUAUUAAACCGAAGCUCAGGAGGCAGGGUCACGGGACCCCUUUUUCAAAGCAAGAAAUUAACAUUGCAAUAUCAGAGACCUUUUGCUACCAUCUGUGCUCCCAAGAGCCUCUUUCCUAGCUGUGCUUUGAGAGGGAGCUUAUGCCCUUUGGACUACGCUAUUGCCCUCAUCUGCCUACUCUUGGUAUCCAGUGGCUUCAGUCACCUGAGGCCUGAGGGAAUAAAGUGAGGUAAUAAAAGUAGGAGGCUUGAUGUGAAAGCAGGAAGAGAAAAGGCUGUGGCUGUUCCUUAAAUCUUGCGCUACGCUCAUGAUUAAUGUACGGCUGGUACCUUUCCAGAAAAAUCAAUUGUUCUAGUAAAGUUCACUGUGGGAAAGUGCUAUUUUCUAUCUUCUUUUUUUUACAUGUUGAGGUCACACCCCACUCUGGGCACAGGUGGCUAUUUUAAAUAAGUGUAUCCUUUUUUCUUUUCUUUUUUAUCUUAAAAAAAAGGUAAAGGUACCCCUGACCGUUAGGUCCAUUCGCAAACGACUCUGAGGUUGUGGCACUCAUCUUCCUCUAUAAGCCGAGGGAGCCAGCAUUUGUCCACAGACAGCUUCCGGGUCAUGUAGCCAGCAUGACUAAGCUGCUUCAUGUUUCCCCUUACCCUUUCUUGAACGAUAGGGCUGCUGUGGGGCUUUUUAGUUUAGACAAAAGGUGACAUGAUAGAAGUUUGUAAAAUCAUAGCACGGCAUGGAGAAAGUGGAUCAUAACAUUAGAACUUGCGGACACCCAGCGAAGCUUAGUGAAACCAUGGAAUUCAGUCCCACAUGAAGCAGUGAUGGCUACCAGCUUGGAUGGCUUUGAAAGAGGGUUCAACAAAUACAUGGACAUGGGACUUGCAGUGGUUACUAGCCAUAAUGGCUAUUUCCUGUCUCCAUUGUCAAAGUCAAUAUGCUUCUGAAUACGAGUUGUUGGAAACCGCAGGAGGGGAGAAUGCUCUUCCACUUUGUUACUAUAUCUGUGUCUGUGUCUGUGUACACAAAGUGUGUUUGUGUGUGUAUGUGUGUAUACAUAUAUAUAGUGCUUUUUUCUAGAAAAAUAGGUGCUGGUACUCACCAUGACGUUGUUACAGUAAGUGCUACACUUUUUAACAACAACAAAAAGAGGUGCCGGUACUGCGUAUUCUUGAGUAACCCCUGAAAAGUGUGUGUGUGUGUGUGUGUGUGUGUGUGUGUGCAUGAGCUUAUUUUCAAAUAAGAACUGCCUAUAUGGUAAGAGAGAGCUUGCUUUUGUUAUCUCAAAUAUUUGCAAUAUCCUGUAUAUGCAUUUUGCUUCCUGUGCUGGCUUGUCUUGAGGCAAAUAAUCCCCUUAGAAGUUAAAACUUCAACAUACCGCCCCCGCCACUGCAAAUAAAUACUUCAAUAUUCCUCACUUUAAAAACAUCUUCAGGCUCACAAACAAUCUGACAGUAACAAUUUCCUGUUGUGUAGGCAGUGCAGGGAGUAUCCUGUUUGCUGAGUAAGCAAAAAGGUAGGAUUAUGAGGACCUGUGAGAGCUACUUAUUUAAAAUAUAUGGAAAAUAAAAAACAGGUGUAGUCUUAAAAUCCCACUUCUGGCCACUGAGCUCAAAGCCUAUGCCCUGUCAAAAUUGCUGUAGUCUUCAAAAAAUAUUCUCUAAAUACUGUGCUCAGUCAAACUGGAUUUUAAUUUAAAAACAACCCCCUACACACACCACUAUUAGUUCUUAUAUAUGAGAAAUGUAUAACUUGAUUGCAGGAAUCAAGAUUUUGAAGCCUCAUUAUGGAUUCAUGUUUAUAAUUGCAUAGGGCUUUUCAAUUCUCCUUUUUUACCCUGUGCUUUAAAUAUGAAAUCAAAACUUAUUUUUUAAAGUUUUCAAUAAAAUGUAUUCUUGCUAGGCUUAACAAGAAGCGAUAAAAGGAUAAGUCUUAUUAUCCAAAUAUUGAUUUUCCUAGAAUCUUGAUUAUUUCAAAGUAAUUUUUGGCCUCCUGUGUAGUUUCAUGUCCUUUUCAAAAUGUAACUGCACUUCCAGCAGUUGUUGGGGCAGUCUUUUAGCAAUUCAGGUUUUCAGGACCAGCUUCCAGACCAAGGGUGGAGGACACUGAGGGCCACAUUCCCUUCUUGGCAUGCUUCAAGGGGCCACAUGCCAAUGGUGGGCGGGGCCAGAGCCAAAAGAGGGCGGAGCAACAAAUGUAAAUUCUACUCUUUACGCAGUAGGUGACUUUCUACACUGACACUCCACUCUGUCCUCCAUCCAGGCAACCAGAAAAAUAGUCAAGGAGGGGCCAAAGUAGGGACAGUGAGGUUUAUUGCAAUUCUCCUUUGCUACUUUUAUAUUUAGAUUUAUAGUUUAAGAACCUUUUGUUUGUUUCCAAGACUCCAUACUUAGAGACUCAAUUCUGAAAUUCCUUUUGCCUACCACCCUAUUAGAUCCAGUAAUGUAUUCUGCACAGCCAACCAGAUCAUUUUAAGUCCCUGUCUUUGCUUCUGCCCAUCCCCAUCCAUAUAUUUGCAGCGAGAUUGACAGUACAGCCCAGUCAGCUGCAGCUUGCCUUGAAGUGUCUUCAUCUUUAAGCAGUACAGUAUAUGUCUCUCCCUCAGGCUCCCCUAGCACACUCUUAUGGUGUCAGAUGCCCCACCCACUUGGGCAAAUCCUGAUUUACAUAAGAGGGUCAUGGAACAUAAAAUAAAUGGCCAACAUCAGUGAAGAAGUGGUUUAAGAUAAACCGUACCAGGGAGAGUUCAGUACAUUUCUGGAAAGAAGUGAAAUAUAUUACAUUAUGCCUGCCAAGUAAAUUUUUGAAUUUCAUUGGUUUCACACAGAAGAAUCAAUGCAUUGUCAGCUCUGGAUGAGCAGGGCUUAAUGAAGCUGUAGAUUUUUUCAAAGCCGCUGGGAGUCUUUAAUGGCCAGAAGAGUUGUAUGUGCCCAUGUUGAGCUGAGGUCUGUAGGGACAGAUAUAAAAUGCAGAAGAAGUCAGAUGGAGUGUGGGUUUUUAAGACCUCCAUGAUGGGGAAGCUAAGCUACUCAGCCCUUGUUGACCCUUGGCACAGCAGCAUUAAACCGAGUUUGAAAUUAGUGUAUUUGUUGAAAGGUUUUCCAAAGGCAUUUUAAAGGCAGAGCAAUUUCCUGCUUCUUAAUGGAAUGGAGAAAAGCACUUGAAUGUGAUGUUUCUUCAAAGCAAUAUUACUGGCUUCCCUUUGUAAUAUAUUCUGAUGUAAUCAUUUCAUCUGUCUCCUGUACAGUGUUAAUCACUGGAGCAGCUUUCUCCUGAACUAGGUUUCAGGAGUGGUGUGUGUGUGUGUGUGUGUGGUUUAAGUGCCCUUGAAAGACUUCAUUGAAGGAAUUGGGUCAAAGAGCCUUUUGUUCUGGUUCACUCUUCUUAUCUUGAACAAAAGCACCCGAGGGUGUCUCCUUUCAGUAUGCAGUUUGAUAACCUGCAUUAAUUAAAUGAACUCAGUUUAUUUAUCAUGGACGUUACAAACUAGCUCUCACCAAAGAAAGCCUCAUUUAACCUAGUUCAUGAACUACUGGCGAUGACCAUUUUGUGUGGGGCUGUUGUUCCUGGUCCCCCUACCCCACAUUCCCUGCUCCAUUACACCCCAGCCCACCCCUGCUCUGCCAUUUUUCCAGGUCCAAAAGGACCUGUGGCACCGGCGAUCACUUGUCAGUCAGAUGCACUUAAAUGGCCAUUGCCUAAAUUAUAUUCAGACCUAACUGAAGAAUGAAGACUCAGGGUUAAACUAUAAUUUUACCUCUUCCUUGAGCCACAAUCCAUAUCUUCUGUGAUACCACUACAUACCAACAAAGAGAGGCAGUAACAUCUUUUAUGAAAUCUCCUGGGAACUUGGUCACUGAGCUCAUUUUGGCUGAUGAAGGAGCAGCACUCACAUUCCAAUCUGUGGGGAGCCCAGGGAAGCAAGCAAAAGUUUGUCUGAAGGGCUGAUUCCACUUUUAUGUUUCCCUUUGUGUUUUACUGAGGCAAGUGUAAACAAGGAUUGUGAAAUGUCAGGAACAGAGAUGGCCAAUGGUUGGGCCAGAGGCCAGAUAUAAUCUGUGAUGCUAUUAUAUCUGGCUUCUUACCAGUGUUUCAAAAAUAUUGUUUGUAGUUUCACUCAUAAGAAAUAUGAGCACACGCUUUUAGGGAUCUUUCAUUAUUUCCAUCUCGUUUCUUUCAGCUCUUUGAGAACUUCUGCUUCGGAGAAGUGCAGCUGAAUUCAGUCUACCUCUCUCAGAGAUUCUCCACAGAUAGCUCUGGUUACUAUGCGACAUCUGGGCAGUUAAAUUUCUCCUGAAGUAGAGACCAAUGCCCCAACAGAAUGACAUCAGAACUGCACAAUGAAGAGGAGGAGGAGGAGGAGGAGGAGGAGGAGGAGGAGGAGGAGGAGGAGAAGAAGAAGAAGAAGAAGAAGAAGAAGAAGAAGAAGAAGAAGAAGAAGAAGAUUUAAAUGGAUCCUGUUGAUGGGCCAGUGUCAUUCUGUCCUCCUUCUAAAUUUGCAAAUUUAGCCUGAACCUUGGCCUGAACACAGUGAAAAGAAUUACUUGUUCAAAUAAGAUAUUUUACUUGGUUGGUUCUUUUAUUGAAGAAUAGGUGCUGGUUACAGAUGAAAUAAUACAUUCUGCGUGUAACAGGCUUUCAGAUAGUUGUAAAUAAAUUAAACACGGU